AUGGUUAAGGUUAGGGGAAGGGUUAUCUAAAAGGGCUAAGGUUAGGGAAGGGUUAGCUAACAUGCUAAGGAGUUGCUAAGGAGUAGCAAAGUGGCAAGUAGUUGCGAAGUUGCUAAAAUACUAAAGUUAUCCGUGAUGAGAUUCGAAAUUGUAACCUUUGGGUCGCUAAACUACUAGUCAGCAAAUUGGAUGUAGUCUAUCACAGUGCCAUCCGUUUUGUCUCCAAAGCCCCAUACACUACCCACCACUGUGACCUGUACGCUCUUGUUGGCUGGUCCUCACUACAUGUUCGUCGUCAAACCCACUGGCUCCAGGCCAUCUAUAAAUCACUGCUAGGCAAAUCCCCGCCUUAUCUUAGCUCAUUGGUCACCAUAGCAGCACCCACCCGUAGUCUGCGCUCCAGCAGGUAUAUCUCACUGGUCAUCCCCAAAGCCAACACCUCCUUUGGCUGCCAUUCCUUCCAGUUCUCUGCUGCCAAUGACUGGAACGAAUUGCAAAAAUCUCUGAAGCUGGAGACUCUUAUCUCCCUCACUAACUUUAAGCAUCAGUUGUCAGAGCACCUUACCGAUCACAGCCCAUCUGAAAUUAGCCCACCCAACUACCUCAUCCCUAUAUUGUUAUUUAUUUUGCUCUUUUGCACCCCAGUAUCUCUAUUUGCACAUAAUCUCUUGCACAUCUAGCAUUCCAGUGUUAAUACUAAUUGUAAUUAUUUUGCACUAUAGCCUAUUUAUUGCCUUACCUCCAUAACUUGCUACAUUUGCACACACUGUAUAUAUAUUUUCUGUUGUAUUUUUUGACUUUAUGUUUUUUUACCCCAUAUGUAACUCUGUGUUGUUGGUUUUUAUCGCACUGCUUUGCUUUAUCUUGGCCAGGUCGCAGUUGUAAAUGAGAACUUGUUCUCAACUGGCUUACCUGGUUAAAUAAAGGUGAAAUAAAAUAAAUACAUAAAAUAAAAUAAACAUUUGCACUAUAUGCCCAACCAUCCUACUUUCGUUUUUGCCUUAAGUAACAAUCUGUUUUAUGUAACCAAACAUAACAUAUCAUACUAAUUUGAGUGGUCCGGAUUUACAUUUACUAUGUUACGUCUAAGCUAUGAGACCAGGCUGCCCAGCCUAUGGCACUCGCUGGAUAUGGACCUUCUCAUCCAAGCAUAUUAUAUUAUUAGGACGGAUUAAGUCAGAUGUGAAGCAUUAGAUCAUAUCCAAAGUAUUAUUUAAGCGUAUACUCGGUAGGAUUAGAUGAGGGGGAAAGUAUUGGAAAUCAAAAUGUGAAAAAUCAAUAUAUAUCUUUGCCGCUAUGAUGUAUUGGCCUUGGAAGAUUGUUAAAUACUUGUUUGGUACAAUUAAUCAUUUUAGAUAGGCCUAGAUAACAUGGCAGUUCAUUGUGAAGCUGCAAUGUGCAAAAGAUAGGCCUAAUUCACAAAUACUUGAUUACAUUGCUUGACCCUUGUACUUACUUGUCUGUAGAGUAAUACGCAUUGAACUUGUACUUGCCAUUCCAAUAGCCUACAGACAGACCUAGUCAUUAGCCUAUAGGCCUAGUCAAAGACAAUGAAAACCCAGUUUGGAUGAGUUGAUUUCAUGUCCGUCUUUAGUACUAACUCAGAAUGAGAGCUUUUCUGCACCUUUGUGCUUCAGUCUAAAUGGUACCUUGGACCUCUGUGAUCAACACCACUGACCUGGCUUUGCUUUGUUGUGUAAUGCUAUAGACGGGUUAGCUGACAUGUCACGAAAACAAUGUGCACGCUUCAAUGGGGCAGAAGUCAGUGUGUUGUUGUGAUUCUGGAUGGCCAGAUAGGUAACGACAAUGACAAGAAGCUGCCAUGUGGGGACUUGUAGAUUGCUCGUUUCAGCUAGUUUUAUCUUGUUCUUUGUACCAUGUCUUGUUUUGAGGUGUUUUGACUGAUGUCACGUCUAUGCUAAUAUGGCUCAAAUUUGCUAGCUAGCUAACCAACAACUGUAACAAAGUGCUCAUUGUGCAAAUGUAUUUAUGUUUCCAAUAAACAUUUGGAGCCUAUAUAUAGUUUACAUGCUUAGCGUACCCUGUCUGUUUUGCCCCAUAGUUGCGCACGAGUAGGAUUUGUUUCUAAACAACCAACUCUGUCUAUGCUACCUACCGCACUCCCUCCCUACCUCCCAUCAUACUGCACACUGCCCUAUCCCAUCUGGACAAGAGGAAUACCUAUGUAAGAAUGCUGUUCAUUGACUAUAGCUCAGCAUUCAACACCAUCGUACCCUCCAAGCUCAUCAUUAAGCUCGAGGCCCUGGGUCUGAACCCCGCCCUGUGCAACUGGGUCCUGGACUUCCUGACGGGCCGCCCCCAGGUGGUGAAGAUAGGAAACAACAUCUCCACUUCGCUGAUCCUCAACACUGGGGCCCCACAAGGGUGCGCACUCAGCCCCCUCCUGUACUCCCUGUUCACCCACACCUCCAACUCAAUCAUCAAGUUUGCAGACGACACAACAGUCGUAGGCUUGAUUACCAACAAUGACGAGACCGCUUACAGGGAGGAGGUGAGGGCUCUGGGAGUGUGGUGCCAGGAAAAUAACCUCUCACUCAACAUUAACAAAACAAAGGAGAUGAUUGUGGACUUCAGGAAACAGCAGUGGAGAAGGUGGAAAGCUUCAAGUUCCUUGGCGUACACAUCACCGACAAACUGAAAUGGUCCACCCACGCAGACAGUGUGGUGAAGAAGGCGCAACAGAGCCUCUUCAACCUCAGGAGGCUGAAGAAAUUCGUCUUAGCACAUAAAACCCUCACAAACUUUUACAGAUGCACAAUUGAGAGCAUCCUGUCGGGCUGUAUCACCGCCUGGUACGGCAACUGCACCGUCCACAACCGCAGGGUGGUGCGGUCUGCCGAACGCAUUACCGGGGGGAAACUACCCGCCCUCCAAGACACAUACAGCACCCGAUGUCACAGGAAGGCCAAAAAGAUCAUCAAGGACAUCAACCACCCGAGCCACUGCCUGUUCACCCCGCUAUCAUCCAGAAGGCGAGUUCAGUACAGGUGCGUCAAAGUUGGGACUGAGAGAAUGAAAAACAGCUUCUAUCUCAAGGCCAUCAGACUGUUAAAUAGUCAUCACUAGCACAUUCGAGGCUGCUGCUGCCUAUUGAAAUCACUGGCCACUUUAAGAAAUGGAACACUAGUCACUUUAAUAAUGUUUACAUAUCUUGCACUACUCAUCUCAUAUGUAUAUACUGCAUUCUAUUCUAUAAUAUUCUACUGUAUCUUAGUCCAUGACGCUCUGUCAUUGCUUGUCCAUAUAUAUGUAUAUUCUUAAAUCCCAUUCCUUACUAGUUUUGUGUGUAUUGGGUAUUUUACAUUUACAUUUUAGUCAUUUAUCAGACGCUCUUAUCCAGAACGACUUAGUUAGUGAGUGCAUACAUUUUUUUCAUACUUUCUUUCCUUGUCUGCCAAUCUUAAUAACAAGAACUUUAGAUUAAUCAGAUUGUUCAGUUUUUUGGACUACUACAUUAUUACACAACCCCUAAAAGGGGAAUUACAUUUUCAAAAAUGUUGUUUGUCAGAUGUUUUCAUACCUCAAAAGUAGUCUUAUGGGAAAAGUUAACCCAAAUUACAAAAUUCCAUUGGUACAUUGGUUUCCUUACCCUGUAAGCAGACGACAGACAAGGUAAGACAGCAAUCCAUUCCUUGGUCCUGUUUAGCAUUUAUAGCACAAAACCUAUAUGUUGUGAAAUUGUUAGAUAUUACUUGUUAGAUAUUACUGCACUGUCGGAGCUAGAAGCACAAGCAUUUUGCUACACCCGCUAUAACAUCUGCUAAACACGUGUAUGUGACAAAUAAUUUGAUUUGAUUUGACCUACCAAACGCUCAGGGUUGGCCUCGUACACAGAGUGUACAAAACAUUAUGGACACCUUCUUAAUAUUGAGUUGCAUUGCCUUUUGCCCUCAGAACAGCCUCAAUUUGUCGGGGCAUAGACUCUACAAGGUGUUGAAAGCGUUCCACAGAAAUGCUGGCCCAUGUUGACUCCAAUGUUUCCCACAGUUGUCUCAAGUUGGCUGGAUAUCCUUUGGGUGGUGGACCAUUCUUGACACACACGGGAAACUGUUGAGCGUGAAUAACCCAACAGCGUUGCAGUUGCACAUACACAAUCCAUGGCUCAAUUGUCUCAAGGCUUAAAAAAUAUUAUUUAACCCAUCUCCCCUUCAUCUACACUGAUUGAAGUGGUUUUAACAUGUUACAUCAAUAAGGGAUCAUAGCUUUCACCUGGUCAGUCUGUCAUGGAAAGCUGUUCCUAAUGUUUUGUACACUGUGUAUAUUUUCUCUCAACCCAGGCAGACAGAUGUCUGUUCAUAAAGAACUCAAGGUAAAGGGUCUUUACAGACCCACAACAAACACAGCAGAGAGACAUAGGGUGUGUCAAAAAUAACACCCUGUUCCCUAUAUAGUGCACUACUUUUGUAGCCUUGCAAAGCCACCUGAUCCCGCGAGCUUACAUGAAUGUUGCUGAUAUCUGUGGAGCAACAUUCAUGUAAACUCGUGGGAUCAGGCAGCUUUGCGAGGCUACUACCUUUGACCAAAGUGCGUUUAAUAGGGAAUAGGGUGCCAUUUGGAACAUAUCCAUAGAAAGUUGUUGUUGUGUAUGGUAAUUUACGAGAGAUGGGCUGGGGGCCUAAUACAUGGUCGUCACUAGUUACCACAGCCACAAAGUAAUAAUUAUGGCUAAACCCUUCCUAUUUCUUCAAUGUCUUCUUAAAAUCACAUUUUAAACCUAACCUUAUGCCUAACCCUAAUCUUGAAUUAAGACCGAAAUGCAAAUAUUUGUUUUCAUUAAUAUUUUACACUAUUGCCAAUUUUGAAUUUUGGGCUGUGGAGCUAUUGAACACCCUAAUGCAUGGCAUAUUGAUCCUUAUCGCCUUCCUGUCCAGAUGACACCCUAGACCUCCCUGGACACUAAAAGCUCUCUACCAGCCCAGACCAGAGCUGCUCUCUACCAGCCCAGACCAGACCAGAGCUACUCUCUACCAGCCCAGACCAGACCAGACCAGACCAGAGCUACUCUCUAUCUGCUGUUGUCAGGAGAAUAUUAAGAUGUUACAAGCUACCCUGAAUUGUGCAUUGUAUUAUUUUGAUGCAUUGUAAUACAUUGUAUUAUUCUAAUAAUGAAUCUCGUUCAUCCAUUCAUCCACGUCACUAAUUAGAUGUCGAGGCAUUUGGCUACCUUAAAUGACAAGUUAACUUGUUUUGAACCAAAUCAUUUUUUUAAAUACUCAAGCAAUACUUUUUCCUUGUGCGAGCAUGCGCGUGCUUUCUCGUUCCAAUUGUGGUGAUACAAGAAAGUAGAAACCGCGCAUGCUCGGACAUGGAAAUGAAUCGCUUGAGUCCAACAAAAGUGACUAUAACGUUGCAGAUAACGUUUGGAAUGACACAAUUUAAUGUGUACAACAUCUAAAGACCUGCAUCACUAUACUGAGAGCUUUGCCGUUUCUAAAACGACAUAUGUUGGUGUUUUUGGAGCCUUUGUUCAUGUUUAUCUGUGGUCCCCAUACUGCAGAACGAGCGAUGAGGAAGUCUAAUGCUGGUGGGGGUAAUCUUUUUCAAAAUCAAGUGAAAUGACACAAAAAAAGUGUCUGGACACGUCUAUAACAUUGAGAUUAGUUUUUUUUAAAAAGCUUGUCCUUUUUAGAGAGUUAUCGUUGUGCUGUUGCAGAAACCGUGUGCAUAUGUCUAUUGAUGCUGGAUGUUGAACCAUGCAUGAACGCAUCCUCCCUACCCUUGUGUCACCAUUACGAUGCAUAAGAUCUUGAUAAUGCACUACUCUGCAAUAUUGAAGCGAUAUAACAUUUGAAAGCAUUAUACUUACAGCUCUGCUUUUAUGUAUUCUUUUUUACAAGUGAAAGAGAUUUGGUAUCAUGAUGAAAAACAUGAUCUAGCUCUCUGGCCUGUGUAAUUGCUGUCCAUUAAAUGUGAUGAUGAGCGUUGUUGAGUACUCUGAUCUAGGGCUGCGUCCCAAAUGGCACCCUAUUCCCUAUAUAGUGCACUACUUUUGACCAGACCCCUAUGGGCCCUGGUCAAAUGUAGUGCACUCAAUUGGGAAUAGGGUGCUAUUUUGGAUGCAUCCCUCUUCAUUGGUAUGCCCACUGUGCUGCUAGUACUGCUGCUGCCAUUACAGGACCAAAUGGCCUGAGACUACUGAGCCAACUCAUAGUGGAGCCCCAAAGACAUGCUAACUGCAGAUGAUCCCAUUACUAACCGUCCACCUGUCAUACACACACACAGAGCCCCCUCCACAGUCCCACAGCUCUGUCAAUGAUGUGCCCCCUCCCCACCAGACCCAGGCACUGAUGAUAUUUCAGCCAGGGCUGCUUCACCCAUUCCAGCUGUUUCCAUUAUCUUAGUGCUAUUGAUUUUUCCACCACUGGGUAGGCCUAUACAUAGCAGGCCCUUCUCUCUCUGGAUCAUUUUCAAGGGCAUUUAUAAAUACAAAAUGCGAUCGCUGUGUGCCUGUCCUUCCAGGCAGAUUGAGUUUAGGCCUGUCUUUGUCUGUCUGCUUGCUCCUACAGGGGUUCACAUACAGUACUAAUUGACUGUAUGAGCCUGUACACCCAACCGCCGCUUACAGCCUGCUGUCAGUUAAACCAAUAACACCCAGCUAAACCCCUGGAAGUAAAGUAGGAUUUCUUCCCUCUGAGGAAGGAUGUUUGUGAACUGUGUGUGGACUGUAAGGCUAUCCACACUAUCCACACUGUUAGUUAGGACUCCACACUAAGCUGUCAGACAGGACACCCUCCGCUGCAACGUUUUCCACCAUCUGGAGGGCCGAGAGGACUGUGCCAACUGUGGAGAACAGGGUCCAGAUCCCGCAACAACACACGAGAACAGAGGGGUGUGGCUGACUGACUGCAGGCCCUGCAGGCUGGACCCCCUGUUUUAGUCCGGUGGUCCGUUAUUGUGGUUGUGCCUGGCAGGGGGUGGAGGAGGGUAGGAGGGCAGGAAGCAUCUGGGAGGAGAGGGGGUUAGGAGGGGGCUCUGGAGAGUCCCCUCGCUGGGUUUGGCGGGUGGCCGGACGGAUUGGGCGGUGUUAAAACCAGUGUUUAGCCUCCUCUGUGUCCUUCAGACGGGUAGCACUGGCCAUGGCCCUGUUUCCUGAGAGGCCCAGACGGAGCCAACUCCCCUCCCUCACACCUUCCUGUUUCUCUCACACAUACACAGCACACCACAGGGAGGCAGUCUGGGGCCCAUGCUCUAUCGCUCUUGUUCUCUCUUUCUCUCUCUCUAUCAAUCAAUUCAAUUCAAUUUAAGGGCUUUAUUGGCAUGGGAAACGUAUGUUAACAUUGCCAAAGCAAGUGAAGUAGAUAGUAAACAAAUGUGAAAUAAACAAUGAAAAACUAACAGUAAACAUUACACUCAGAAGUUGCAAAAGAAUAAAGACAUUUCAAAUGUUAUAUUAUGUACAGUUGAAGCCGGAAGUUUACAUACACUUAGGUUGGAGUCAUUAAAACUAGUUUUUCAAUCACUCAUUUCUUGUUAACUAUAGUUUUGGCAUGACACAAGUAAUUUUUCCAACAAUUGUUUACAGACAGAUUAUUUCACUUAUAAUUCACUGUAUCACAAUUCCAGUGGGUCAGAAAUGAACAUACACUAAGUUGACUGUGCCUUUAAACAGCUUGGAAAAUUACAGAAAAUGAUGUCAUGGAUUUAGAAGCUUCUGAUAGGCUAAUUGACAUAAUUUGAGUCAAUUGGAGGUGUACCUUUGGAUGUAUUUCAAGGCCUACCUUCAAACUCAGUGCCUCUUUCAUCCUUGGGCGCAAUUUCCAAACGCCUGAAGGUACCACGUUCAUCUGUACAAACAAUAGUAUGCAAGUAUAAACACCACGGGACCACGCAGCCAUCAUACCGCUCAGGAAGGAGACGCGUUCUGUCUCCUAGAGAUGAACGUACUUUGGUGCGAAAAGUGCAAACCAAUCCCAGAACAACAGCAAAGGACCUUGUGAAGAUGCUGGAGGAAACCGGUACAAAAGUAUCUAUAUCCACAGUAAAACAAGUCCUAUAUUGACAUACAGUGGGGAAAAAAAGUAUUUAGUCAGCCACCAAUUGUGCAAGUUCUCCCACUUAAAAAGAUGAGAGAGGCCUGUAAUUUUCAUCAUAGGUACACGUCAACUAUGACAGACAAAAUGAGAAAAAAAAAUCCAGAAAAUCACAUUGUAGGAUUUUUAAUGAAUUUAUUUGCAAAUUAUGGUGGAAAAUAAGUAUUUGGUCACCUACAAACAAGCAAGAUUUCUGGCUCUCACAGACCUGUAACUUCUUCUUUAAGAGGCUCCUCUGUCCUCCACUUGUUACCUGUAUUAAUGGCACCUGUUUGAACUUGUUAUCAGUAUAAAAGACACCUGUUCACAACCUCAAACAGUCACACUCCAAACUCCACUAUGGCGAAGACCAAAGAGCUGUCAAAGGACACCAGAAACAAAAUUGUAGACCUGCACCAGGCUGGGAAGACUGAAUCUGCAAUAGGUAAGCAGCUUGGUUUGAAGAAAUCAACUGUGGGAGCAAUUAUUAGGAAAUGGAAGACAUACAAGACCACUGAUAAUCUCCCUCGAUCUGGAGCUCCACGCAAGAUCUCACCCCGUGGGGUCAAAAUGAUCACAAGAACGGUGAGCAAAAAUCCCAGAACCACACGGGGGGACCUAGUGAAUGACCUGCAGAGAGCUGGGACCAAAGUAACAAAGCCUACCAUCAGUAACACACUACGCCGCCAGGGCCUCAAAUCCUGCAGUGCAAGACGUGUCCCCCUGCUUAAGCCAGUACAUGUCCAGGCCCGUCUGAAGUUUGCUAGAGUGCAUUUGGAUGAUCCAGAAGAGGAUUGGGAGAAUGUCAUAUGAAACCAAAAUAGAACUUUUUGGUAAAAACUCAACUCGUCGUGUUUGGAGGACAAAGAAUGCUGAGUUGCAUCCAAAGAACACCAUACCUACUGUGAAGCAUGGGGGUGGAAACAUCAUGCUUUGGGGCUGUUUUUCUGCAAAGGGACCAGGACGACUGAUCCGUGUAAAGGAAAGAAUGAAUGGGGCCAUGUAUCGUGAGAUUUUGAGUGAAAACCUCCUUCCGUCAGCAAGGGCAUUGAAGAUUAAACGUGGCUGGGUCUUUCAGCAUGACAAUGAUCCCAAACACACCGCCCGGGCAACGAAGGAGUGGCUUCGUACGAAGCAUUUCAAGGUCCUGGAUUGGCCUAGCCAGUCUCCAGAUCUCAACCCCAUAGAAAAUAUUUGGAGGGAGUUGAAAGUCUGUGUUGCCCAGCGACAGCCCCAAAACAGCACUGCUCUAGAGGAGAUCUGCAUGGAGGAAUGGGCCAAAACAGUGUGUGACAACCUUCUGAAGACUUACAGAAAACAUUUGACCUGUGUCAUUGCCAACAAAGGGUAUAUAACAAACUAUUGAGAAACUUUUGUUAUUGACCAAAUACUUAUUUUUCACCAUAAUUUGCAAAUAAAUUCAUAAAAAAUCCUACAAUGUGAUUUUCUGGAUUUUUUUUCCUCAUUUUGUCUGUCAUAGUUGACUUGUACCUAUGAUGAAAAUUACAGGGCUCUCUCAUCUUUUUAAGUGGGAGAACUUGCACAAUUGGUGGCUGACUAAAUACUUUUUUUCCCCACUGUAACCUGAAAGGCCGCUCAGCAAGGAAGAAGCCACUGCUCCAAAACCACCAUAAAAAAGCCAGACUAUGGUUUGCAACUGCGCAUGGGGACAAAGAUCGUACUUGUUGGAGAAAUGUCCUCUGGUCUGAUGAAACAAAAAUAGAACUGUUUGGCCAUAAUGACCAUCGUUAUGUUUGGUGGAAAAAGGGGGUCGCUUGCAAUCCCAAGAACACCAUCCCAACCGUGAAGCACGGGGGUGGCAGCAUCAUACUGUGGCGGUGCUUUGCUGCAGGAGGAAAUGGUGCACUUCACAAAAUAGAUGACAUCAUGAGGAAGGAAAAUUAUGUGGAUAUAUUGAAGCAACAUCUCAAGACAUCAGUCGGGAAGUUAAAGCUUGGUCGCAAAUGGGUCUUCCAAAUGGACAAUGACCCCAAGCAUACUUCCAAAGUUGUGGCAAAAUGGCUUAAGGACAACAAAGUCAAGGUGUUGGAGUGGCAAUCACAAAGCCCUGACCUCAAUCCUAUAAAACAUUUGUGGGCAGAACUGAAAAAGCGUGUGCGAGCAAGGAGGCCUACAAACCUGACUUAGUUACACCAGCUCUGUCAGGAGGAAUGGGCCAAAAUUCACCCAACUUAUUGUGGGAAGCUUGUGGAAGGCUACCCGAAACGUUUGACCCAAGUUAAACAAUUUAAAGGCAAUGCUACCAAAUACUAAUUGAGUGUAUGUAAACUUCUGACCCACUGGGAAUUUGAUGAAAUAAUUAAAAGCUGAAAUAAAUAAUUCUCUCUACUAUUAUUCAGACAUUUCACAUUCUUAAAAUAAAGUGGUGAUCCUAACUGACCUAAACCAGGGAAUUUUUUACUAGGAUUAAAUGUCAGGAAUUGUGAAAAACGGAGUAUAAAUGUAUUUGGCUAAGGUGUAUCUAAACUUCCGACUUCAACUGUAUAUAUACAGUGUUGUAACAAUGUGCAAAUAGUUAAAGUACAAAUGAGAAAAUACAUUUUGUGGGCAGUGUGCACAUAGCCUGUCUUCUCUUGAGAGCCAGGUCUGCCUACGGCAGCCUUUCUCAAUAGCAAGGCUAUGCUCACUGAGUCUGUACAUAGUCAAAGCUUUGCAUAGGUUUGGGUCAGUCACAGUGGUCAGGUAUUCUGCCACUGUGUACUCUCUGUUUAGGGCCAAAUAUCAUUCUAGUUUGCGCAGUUUUUUUUGUUAAUUCUUUCCAGUGUCUGAAGUAAUUAUAUUUUUGUUUUCUCUUGAUUUGUUUGGGUCUAAUUGUGUUGUUGUCCUGGGGCUCUAUGGGGUCUGUUUGUGUUAGAGAACCAGCUUGCUUAAGGGACUCUUCUCCAAGUUCAUCUUUCUGUAGGUGAUGGCUUUGUUAUUGAAGGUUUGGGAAUCGCUUCCUUUUAAGUGGUUAUAGAAUUUAACGGCUCUUUUCUGGAUUUUGAUAAUUAGCGUUUAUCGGCCUAAUUCUGCUCUGCAUGCAUUAUUUGGUGUUUUUCGUUGUACACAGAGGAUAUUUUCUCAGAAUUCUGCAUGCAGUCUCAAUUUGGUGUUUGUCCCAUUUCGUGAAUUUUUGUUUGGUGAGCGGACCCCAGACCAGACAACCAUAAAGGGCAAUGGGUUCUAUAACUGAUUGAAAUAUUUUUAGCCAGAUCCUAAUUGGUAUGUUGAAUUUUAUGUUCCUUUUGAUGGCAUAGAAGGCCCUUCUUGCCUUGUCUCUCAGAUCGUUCACAGCUUUGUGGUAGUUACCUGUGGCGUUUAGGUUUAGGCCGAGGUAUGUAUUGUUUUUUGUGUGCUCUAGGGCAACGGUGUCUAGAUGGAAUUUGUAUUUGUGGUCCUGGCAACUGAACCUUUUUUGGAACACCAUUAUUUUUGUCUUACUGAGAUGUACUGUCAGGGCCCAGGUCUGACAGAAUCUGUGCAGAAGAUCUAGGUGCUGCUGUAGGCCCUCCUUGGUUGGUGACAGAAGCACAAGAUCAUCAGCAAACAGUAGACAUUUGACUUUAGAUUCUAGUAGGGUGAGGCCGGGGGCUGCAGACCGUUAGUGCCCUUGCCAAUUCGUUUAUAUAUAUAUAUAUAUGUAUGUUGAAGAGGGUGGGGCUUAAACUGCAUCAUUGUCUCACCCCACGGCCCUGUGGAUAGAAAUGUGUGUUUUUUGCCAAUUUUAACCGCACACUUGUACAUGGAUUUUAUAAUGUCCUGUGUUUUUCCCCCAACCCCACUUUCCAUCAAUUUGUAUAGCUGACCCUCGUGCCAAAUUGAGUCUAAAGCUUUUUUGAAACCAACAAAGCAUGAGAAGACUUUGCAUCUGUUUUGGUUUGUUUGUUUGUUAAUUAGGGUGUGCAUGGUGAAUACGUGGUCUGUAAUUUGGUAAAAAGCCAAUUUGACAUUUGCUCAGUACAUUGUUUUCACUGAGGAAAUGAACUAGUCUGCUGUUAAUGAUAAUGCAGGAUUUUCCCAAGGUUGCUAUUGACGCAUAUCCCACGGAAGUUAUUGGGGUGAAAUUUGUCUCCACUUUUGUGGAUUGGGGUGAUCAGUCCUUGGUUCCAAAUAUUGUCUGUGUCAUCCUCUCAAUUCAAUUCAAUGGGCUUCAUUGGCAUGGGAAACACACGUUUACAUUGCCAAAGCAAGUGAAAUAGAUAAUAGACAAAAGUGAACAGUAAACAUAACACUCACAAAAGUUCCAAAGGAAUAGAGACAUUUCAAAUGUCAUAUUAUGGCUAUAUACAGCGUUGUAACGAUGUGCAAAUAGUUAAAGUACAAAAGGGAAAAUACAUAAACAUAAAUAUGGGUUGUAUUUACAAUGGUGUUUGUUCUUCACGGGUUGCCCUUUUCUUGUGGCAACAGGUCACACAUCUUGCUGCUGUCUCUCAUCCUCUCCCUCAAAUAGGGUGAGGAGAGGGGAGAGAGAGAGGAGAGAGAGGAGGACAGAUCAUCGAGAGAGAGAGCUCGCGAAGCGAUAGAAGCCAUCCUCGUCGAACUAGAGCUCGUCAGUGCGGCGAACCAAUCAGAAGCGGAGAUCAUCGUCCUUAGGGGCGAAAUCCAUCUCUCGAUCCUCAGUUCUCUCUAUCUCUCUCUCAUCCGGAUAUCUAACUCUAUAUCUACGCGCCCUCCCAUCCUUCUGCAUCGCUCCCAUCACAUCCUCUUUCUAUCCUCUCUCUCUACUCUCUCUCUAUCCCCACUUUCCAGUGCUGUUUGAGUAUGGGACACACGCCAGGAGGGAGGAGGUUUGCGAUAGGUCUCUGCCACGCCACAUCAUGAAUAUUCAUGUUAGAGACAGACACAUCAAACCUCCCUGGCAGGGAACUGGGCCCAUCUCUCUGAGACGGAGCACACCCUCACCCCCACACUGAUGAAUUAACCAGGAGAGUUUCAUAUGUAACCAUUCCUGAAGAGGGAUGAUACAUGAACACUUUGCUUUACAGUUUUGACCUCUUGUAAUUUUCUCACUCUGACUAGCAGAUGAGGGUAAAUGAAAUGAGUGAUUAUGCAAUGCCUUUAAACCUGUACACAGACACACACACACACACACACAGACACACACAGACACACACACAACCUGGUAAUCCAUUGUGUUCCCAGUGUAGAGUAAUUCCAGCUGGGUGGUUUAGAAGGUCCAUGGCUGGAUGAUUAAACAUGGAUGGUCCUUACACUAUUAGUCACUGUUGUCACGCCUUGGACAGAGACAGCGUUACCCGUAGACUGUCGCCGUGUCUGUCUGUUAGUCAGUCCUGGCUGCCACCUGACUGACUCCAGGCUCUACCUUGGGCAAAAGUCAAAGCACUUAGCUGGCGGGGCCAGAAUCAGCACCAGGCUGCCACUCAACAUUUUGGCUCUCACAAUACUGCCAGUGCCCGCUCCAGAGUGAUGCCAAGCAUUCCUCCUCUGACUCUGUUCUGUUACAACACAGGACGGGGGUGAUUUAGCUCCCUGGAAUCUGUUAGGACCAGGAAUAUUUUAGUGUUACUAUUUCCUUUUUUGGGGCCAGAUUGACUGUCCGAUGUGUGACACACGUGCUAGGCUAGACGCUGCCCAAGCAAGGAGCAGCCUCUAGAGAUGAGAGUUCAAUGUGAUAUUAUGAUGACCAGGCUGUGAUAUGAAAUGUGACACUACUUUGAUUGUCAUGCUUAAGCUGCUGGCUCUGAUUUGUGCAUUGGCGUAAAAGCAAAGAGGCACAGAGAGUAACUACCCACCCCUUUGAUUCAGUCAUCAUUAUGUAGGGGGUGAGGGAGAGAGAUGAAUGAGAGAUGUGAGGGUCUUCUCCUGACAGCCUUUCCAACUCUCCUGUCUUCUCCCUGUGUGGCACAGCCCCUGCUCUCUCUCUCGCUCCAUUUCUCUCACUACCUAUUCCUCUCCCUCACCCAGCCCUGCCCGCCUCGCCUGUCUUCGCACUUGUCACCUCCAAUUCCAAGUUCAAUUCAUUACACCUCUCUCUCACCCGCAAUCUCUUCUCUGCCAAAUCCCUGUGUGUUCACUUCAGACGGAUGGGGGAGGAGGAAAGGGGUUCUUAAAAGAGAACACUACCCCCUUCUCCCUCCCUCUCUCGCCCUCCCUCUCUCUUACUCUCUCUACUGUAUCUUAAUCUAGACUUCAGUUCACACUGCAGCUCUGUUGCGUUAGAGUGCAGCAGGUGUUUUGGGAGCGAGGGAAGAGGUCAGAGAGUGUGUUAGGGAGCAGAGGUCGGGAUGUUCUCAGGGCAAGCUGGUUCACAGAAAGUUUAACGUGUGAGACAUCAGUGUGGGUGGGUGUGUGGGUGUGUUUCUCGGAGUGUGUGUGAGUUUCUCGGAGUGCGUGUGUGUGUGUGCGCACGCAUUUUCACUGUACCUCUCUAACACCAUUAAGCCAACCCCUGGAGGUGACCUCCAUUGACCAAAGCUGUCUGCAGCCGCAGGGCUAAUUUCAGACUGUGUGUGUGCGCGCGUUUCUUGGAGUGUGUGUGCUAGGCACUGCUCACAUCUGGAUUGUGACCACUUAUUUAGCUUUUUGCUCCAUUUCGCUGUGAUGCCGUGAGUGGAAGAGGCCAGUCUCUAAAUAAAGAUGGAAUGAAUUGCCUGACAUCAAAGGAGAACUACAGCGUGUGCAUUGUACUCUGUUUUCUCUACUUAUGUUGGCUUUAUAACAGUUGUGUAACAUGUUGAAAUACUGAAGAUUGUUCUCUUUCUCAGUAUGUUUGUGUGGUUUGGAAUUGAUAUUAUGACAUGAACUAGGCCCCUGUAGCUCAGUUGGUAGAGCAUGGCGCUUGCAACGCCAGGGUUGUGGGUUCGUUUCCCACGGGGGGCCAGUAUGAAAAUGUAAGUCGCUCUGGAUAAGACCGUCUGCUAAAUGACUAAAAUGUAAAAUGUAACUAAUUGCAUUAACAAUGACAUUGUUUGCCAAGUGGUUGGCACAUGCUGUACUCCGGUUUUUGGGUUCAUGAGUACUGCCAUGCCAUUGAAGUUCAAGUCAUGUCCCUUUCUAACGUUAUGAUGGCAUUAUUACUCAGACAAACUGUUUAGAUGUUCUAAUUCAGAGAGAAUGACAACUUAUAUAGGCUAUUUAUUUAAAUGUCUCCUCUGGCCAUCCAUUUCUACAACCAUCUCUUUGUUUUAGUGUGUACUUAUUUCUGUCAUUCAGUAUAACUCAGUAGUUAUUGGUCCAUAAUAAGCUGCUAAUUAGCAUCAUCAAGAUUUAGCUAAAUGACACCUCCGCCACCCAAAUAGAAUGCAUAAUGACUCUUGUGUUACAGGGCCCAGUGUUUGAGAUUCAGCUCAGCGUUUAGUCUCCACCUCCCGUCCUCUGCUGUAUUGCAACUCUACCUCCAGUGCAUCUGUCUAUUGUGCCAUUUAAAGUUAAAUCCCAAAUUGUUUGCAUAGUCAAUUUACACACAGCUCUGACACACACACUUACCCCACCAGACAUGCCACCAGGGGUCUUUUCACAGUCCCCAAAUCCAGAACAAAUUCAAGAAAGCAUACAGUAUUAUAUAGAGCCAUUAUUGCAUGGAACUCCUUUCCAUCUCAUAUUGCUCAAAUAAACAGCAAACCUGGUUUCAAAAAACAGAUAAAGCAACACCUCACGGAACAACGCCUCUCCCCUAUUUGACCUAGAUAGUUUGUGUGUAUGUAUUGAUAUGUAGGCUAUUUGUGCCUUUAAAAAAAAUGUAUGUAGUUCUGUCCUUGAGCUGUUGUCUAUUAUUGUUCUGUAUUAUGUCAUGUUUUGUGUGGACCCCAGGAAGAGUAGCUGCUGCUUUUGCAACAGCUAAUGGGGAUCCUAAUCAAUACCAGAUACCAAAGUUAGCCUGGGCCUAAUGGGGAGGUGGCAGCCAGGAGUAACGCUCAUUUUAUUUCUGUUAACAUAAUUGCUUUGGCUGUUUGGGUCUCAGGAAGGGAAGGGAUGGAAAGCUGACAGGCUAGUGGAGUAAUCGACUGUAUAUCAAUAACCUGCUCUUUCUCUCUGAGUGCUUCUGCCUGCCCUGCACCGCUCCACCCUGCUGCCUGGCCAUAAAACUGGCAAGCCUGUUAUCUACAACAACACUCAUCCUGUGUGUGUCUGUCCGACGGCUGCUCUCUCCUCACUGACUAGCAGAACACCUCUAGAGAUCCACAGCUAGACAUUCACUCUAAUCUAACCCACCUGAUUUGAGUUGGGGGAUUUAAGCUAAACAGGCACAACUGAAUGAUAGCUAUGGCUGAGACGAAGUGCCUUUGGGACAGUUUGUUGGUAUCCCAAACCCAUACUUUAGUGUUUCCCCUAGAUUAUUUUAGCAGGGGUGGCAAAGGUCUUGGAAGGAGGGUGGGGGAUGUCACUGGGCAUUCUGCGAUCUUAUGCUUAAACAUUAUAACAAAUUCAAUGGUGGCCCCUGGGCAUGUGCCAUGUGUUCCCGGUCGCUAAUCCAGCCAUUCCAAAAGUACUCCUAAAUUCAUUGUUUUAUUUGAUUGGUUUCAUCGUUUUAACUUUUAUUUUGGUGAUUUUCAAAGAUUAUAUUAUUUAAAUAUAGGUCAAUUAUCUUUUCUACAAACUUUCUCUCUGGUUUAGUCAUGUAAGUGUACACUUUUUUUAGUGCGCCGCUGCGAAAUGAAUACAGGGUAAACACUGGUUACCUCUUGUCUUGAUACAUAGAAAAUGGAAAUGGAGAUCAGAUCAGUUGUAACCAGAGUGCAUUUGGAACUGUUCUAAGACUUUACAUCUAAAAUUAAUCCAUCUCAUCUCUCCUGUUCAACUGAUCAAGGGCAUCCCCCCCGCGGCAGCUCAAAGUCAGCCCAGGGUUAACGUGCCCGCCCUGCCAUCAUGUGGGAGGAGGGACAGUCCAAUCCUCUGGGUGACACAUUUUUGUCUGGGAGUGUAAUUGAUGCUGGGGGGGAGGGGGCCGGAGUGAAUAAUUUAGACAGAUGAUGAUGGCUCCGGUGACUAAAGUCCUCUGGAGUGUUAUCAUCAUCAGAAGUCCUACCUUCUUAACCCCGAGCACAGCCCACCUCUAACCUCCAGGCCAACGUGUCUCUCUCAGUGGACUGCUUUGCUCUGUGAUAAAAGGAAGACAUCCUCUCCCUUUGGCUUAUCUCUCUCAGCUAUGUCUUUCAUUUUGGGAUGGGAGGAUUUUCCCCCUCCUAUCAUACAGGAUAUUAUGUUUUGCCCCGAAUGAAAGCUGGGAAAGAAAUGGCUUGGAUCUAUGCAUGUUGAAUAUGCAAUACACCCAGUCUCUAUAAAUAGGUUAACGCUAGCCCUCCCUUGCUGUGGUGAGCUGAGCAAUGAGGCAGUUGGCUCAUAGUUGGGAAGCUCCACUAUGUUUUAAUGAUGGAGCCCCUGCUGGGAUCCUGUAGCGGUGCCUUAACGGUACUCCCUCUGAUGGAACGGCCUAUUCUGGACCAUUAGCCUGUCUGUGUGAACCAGGGUCAUUACUAGCAUCACACCCAAAUGGCUGCUCACCGUUUUAUACCAUAGAUGCGUCCCAAAUAGCACCCUAUUCCCUUUAUAGUGCCUAAUAAGGACCUGGUCAAAAAGUAGUGCACUAUAAAGGGACUAUGGUGCCAUUUGGGAUGCAGGCCAGGUCUCACAGGAACAAGGCGACUGCAGGUUCAAUCCCGCUACAGUUAAUUACUGUAGCCAGUCUACAGAGAUUAAAUGAGUUUAGUAAAAUAGUCAUAUUUUCAAGAAAAGGUUAUAACACGAGUGAAUAAAUUACAAAUUCUCUGUUGUGACUCUUCAGACUAUGUUUGGAUGUUUAGAGAUGAGCGUUAAAGGAUCAGUCCUUGCUCGACUCGCAUCCCUUUGUUGAUGUGAUGAAUUCAUACAGCAGAAGGAAGCAUACAUUCAUUUUUAAUCACCCCACACUGUCAUCAUUAAUUCAUGAGCAGAAUGGGAAGAGACCCCCCUCCCCAGCGGGCGGUAUGUGGGAGGGGAUUGGAGAGCGAUUAAGUUGCUGUUGGUGUGAAAUGUAAAUUAGCUCCACGAGACUGCAGCAAUUAGCGAGGUCUUCACAUUCAUUGGCCCGUUUGUCCCCCUGGCACCCUCAUUAGCCAAUCCCGUCCUCCCACUGCCUCUCAUAUGUCAUCAGACUACAUCCACAGGAUAGAAGACUCUGGCUGCCAUGCCCUGUGUCGUCAACACCCGCUCUGGUGUCACCACUAAUGUUUCUGAUUGUAGAUAAUUGCACUAAUUGCUAUUGUCGUGGUUUGAUGGUGUGAGUUUUAACCUGAGUGGUUGGAGCAUAGAGAUCCUAUAUGUUCCAUAUGUACUUUCAUGGGUUGGAGGCCAUGGAGGAUGGAUACAUACAUUAGUUUUGCCUUCUGGGAAUCGGAUAGAUUUGUUAAAUGGAUGCAGGGCGGAGAUUCGUCAUUGUCUGAAACCUGACCCCAUCAUAAAGGAAUCAAUAUUGACCCACCUGGCUGUGGAAUAAACAGAAUGGACCGCCCCUUCUAGCGCUGAUAGAAACACUGAGAAAGAGUCCGUUCUAACCGGCCCCCGUUUGGCUUGCAACACUUUUCAUAGUAGGCUGCUCUGACAGCCCCAUCUUCACCCCUUCACCCCACUAGCCUGUCUCUCUACAUAGGACUGGGAGAGCCCAGCCCAUCCAGGAGACAGACGUAUUUGUCGUCUGAGUCUGUCUGGUCAAUAGCCAUUUGUCUAGCCUUAUGGGCAGUGGAUGAUUUCUGCAGCUCCAACUAGGUGUUAUUGAGUAGAGAGUCAUUCUCAUGAUUGCAACUGGCUCUCCUCUCUCCUACUACACGCUAUGUUUUCUCUCAAGUGUGUGUUGGAGAGGUUUGCUGGUUCAGAGUUGGAGGAUGGGCUCUCCCCAGCAGGGCUACCACAAUUAUCAUAUAACUGACAAUUAUGGACAAUAACAGCUAACACAUUUUUUAAAAUACAUUCAUUUUAGGUGAAGGGGAGAUUUAACUUUAUAUUUAAGUAGAUAUACUUUACCCAAUAUCUGUUUUUCAUUUUUAUAUGAAUAGGGUAAAGUUGGUAAUCAUUUUAAGAGCAGAACGGCAUGGAUGGGAGGAGAAGCUUAUUUUCCAAACGUUCCAAGUGGUCAAAACCAUUAGUUUAUAAGACAGGGGUGUUACCAAAGCUGUGUUGUAUUCAUUAGGUAUACCGCAGCGAAUGUUCAAAUAUGCAUUACGCUCAAAUUGUUUUCUUUUUGAUAAAAAUGACAGUUAUGACAGUAAUCGCGGCCAUUUCCAUGACAAUUCAUCUUUACCCAAAAUUCAGUAAUCGUCACUGCCCCACUCCUCAGCUCUGUGGGGGGAUGGGUUGUAUGGGUAGUGUGGUAGCCCAGCCCCCACCCGUACAUGCCGUAGACUUAAGUUGUUUAAUAUUGCAUGGUGGCACGAUGAUGGCUCCAGCGCCAGCGUUGGGUGAGUGGCUUGUUGUCUGGACGGCACCGCCAAGCUUGCAGAGGUCAUGGAGGAUUUGUGCUGCAGGUUCACCCGCUGUCGACGCAACCAGAACAGCUCCCUCACCCGCUGCAGACUGGUAAGACCUGGGCACGCUGGACUGGAAUUGGUAGAAUACCUGAUCAAUGGGGAUAUAGAAGCUGAACUGGUCACAUUGGCUGUGUGUGGUUUGGUUGUUAGUUGGCAUUGGUGGCUGCUCUUUGUCUGUUUUGGAUUGGUUGGCCUUUGUGGACUAGUGUGUUUCUUGAGUCUCAUAGAUGGGAUUGUUUGCUUGGUUGAUUGAUGAAACACUGGGCUGUUGUGGCAUUAUUCAGGUUGACUGGCAGUUUAGUCUGUGUUCCAGUCUUUGUGAGGUGAUCAGUAUUGAUGUGUUGUGUAGUAGCUUUAUGGCUUUGAUGAUUGUUUAUUUUUGUAACAUCUUGGAGAACAAAUCACAAAAGUGAUACAUUUUUCUUUCAAUUACAGCUUAUCAUCUUUAUUGAUCCUCUUCUCAUUUCGCCAGGGGACAAAUUGGUUCACUAUCUUUGUUAUGAAAGGAAUAACCGACUAACUGUUUUGAUGACAAAUUGAUUUCUGCUCUGUUUUUUAAAUUAAGAACGUUCUUACGUUUAGCUUCUAAGCAAAGUCGCCAAGUUUGAACGAGAUCAAACCGCUUAGUGUCUCUGAGUGUUUGUUACCGCUGUGUGUGCGUUUGUUGGUGAGAAAAAGCAUUCAGGCACUAAGUCAUUCAGUGAGCUGCUGCCUGUCAUAUUGAUAGGGCUGUAUCAUAGCGGCUGAUCAGUGCCUGUUGAGCUAUGACAGACGGUAUGACCGACAGUGUGAAAGACAGACAGUGGGCCUGGGUAGGUAAUGUAAGAAAGAGGAGUCUGGGAGGCCAGGCAGUGUGUACAUGCCAAAUGGCUCCCUAUUUAGUGCACUACAUUUGACCAGAGCAUCCUAUUUCCUAUAUAAUGCACGACCUUUGACCAGGGCCCUGGUAGUGCACUAUAUAGGGAAUAGGAUGCCAUUUGAGACACAAUUACUGUCACAACUCCGUCUGUCUCAGUCUCCCAAAGGUCACCCGACAACCAUAAAACAUCCUUUUCUUCAAACCAUGAAGAAAUAUGACCUUUCACAGAGGGGCAGUACCACACUCCCCAUUAUUUAUAAUCCUCUCAAGUUUUGUGUACCGUGUGUGUGUGUGUGUGUGUGUGUGUGUGUGUGUAUGUGUGCGUGUGUGUGUUUGUGUGCGCUUGUUCAUCUGUGUGUGUCCUGUGGUAUUAACAGCUGUCCUCUCUUCCUGUCUGUGUCUGAGCAGCUUCCUGGAGACCUCAACAAGAUGCACCUUACAGACCACCCCCACAGCCAGGGGAUGCAAGUGCCGCCCAGCCAAUCAGGAUGCAGCAUUGCCAGUGAUUCGGGGAGCAGUAGCUUAUCAGACAUCUACCAGGUCUAUACACACUUAUGUAUUUCACCAUUCACAAACUGAGCUGACGUUGUAGGCAGGGUUCAAAAUUAACACCCGCCAAAUGCGGGUAGAUUUUGUCAUUGGUGGGUAAGAAUGCAUAUUGGGAACUGUAGAAGUUGGUCGAAUUGACAAGAAAGGCUACUGAAGUGUGACUUUGUCUUCGUGUUUCUUGGCCAGUUGCAUCGUUUUGUUCACAUGCUAGGUUGUUUUUCGGUUUUUAAAUAACAAAUUGACUGACAUCAGUUCAAUUAUUAGAAUUCCAUUUCGUUAGUUUUUUUUCUGUGAGCUCAAUGCGCUGCAGUUUCUCUAGAGAUAAAUCAGAUCAUGCCGAAACUGUGGGGGAGUUGUAGUUUCCAACAGGCCAAUGUUCUACAUAGUUUAGCACUCAAAACACAAUAAUUAACUACAAUGACCAUAAUCCAUUGCGUCCCACUUGUCCGGUCUGUGUUUCUUUUAUGCCUGCUACGUAAGAGACAGAAGAAUGCGCAAUCAAGAGGGGAUACAUACGGAGCAGUAGCUUCAAGGGAUUGGUAUUCAGUAGUCAUAAAAGUAUGCCUUAUUUACUUUGAAGAACUACUAAAAUAGUGAUUUUGUCAGACAGCAUAGGCAGCAGCUCUAUAGAGAUGAGAUGAUGACUUGGAAUGGAAUAAUAAAGUCAUCAAAUAAAACAAAUAUACACAACAACUGAAAUAUUUUAUUAAAGUAAAGUAAUGUGAAUAAAUGAUGGUGAAUAAGUGAUAAGCAGUAAUGGGCAGUCACUACCACCAUGGGACUUUUAUUAAUUGUUUUAUUCUGUGUUACAGCAUUCAACCGACAUAAUGCAUGGUGAAUUUAAUGUUUUAAAAAAUUACGUUUUAUAUAAUAAUAAUUUUUAAAAAGUAUAAUCGAACCGAAAACGAACCGACCUCAAAAAGCACUAAUCGCUCAGCACUACAAUGUUAGUUUGAGUUUCCUGCAACUUUCAGCUGCUAGGAAGACAUUGCAGUCUGAGAUUUUUUUCAUCACAAGCUAGUGCCCAAGUUACCACGGUAAACUGUAGCUCAGUUGGUAGAGCAUGGCGUUUGCAACGCCAGGGUUGUGGGUUCGAUUCCCACGGGGGGCCAGUAUGAAAAUGUAUGCACUCACUAACUGUAAGUCGCUCUGGAUAAGAGCAUCUGCUAAAUGACUAAAAUGUAAUGUAAAUGUAAUGGCCCAUCACUUAAAGGGACAGUUUACAUUAUUUGUCUUGCCUAAUGAUUGUGCUUGAUUGAGCAUGGAUCACUCCCCAAAAUGUUUGUUCACUACAUUUUAGUCGUUGUUCUCCGAGAUUUAAUUAUGUGCUUCUACAUUUCUACUUAGGAGCACAUCAUGUACUCCUUGUGGCAGGGCAGGCACUUUGUUCACUCUCGAUGUUCAGUUGUAGAACUGUUUAUCUGUUUUUAUUAUUGGAUCUUCAUUAUUUAUUUUAACAUACAUUGGUCACAAAAAGGAAGUGAAAUGAAGCAAUAUACCCCAUUACUUCUUACUAGUAAUACAUUUCUUGUUUUUGAAACAUUAGAAAGCAUGCUCACUGUUAUUUUUUGUAAUUAUGGAGAGAGAAAAAUUGGCUGGUGGAACAAAAAGAAAAUUUCCCAACGUGGUUGUAGGCCUAAAACAUCACAUUUCAAAAGCUUUGAAGUUCCAUUAUUUUUAAGUAAUGCCCCUAACCUUAAUACUGUUGAAGUCAGUCAAUGCUUUCUUGGUGAAUGUACUGGAUCUGCGUGUAAAGCAGAAAGGGAAAAAAAGGUGUUGACUUUGCCAUCUCAGAGGCUUCCCCAGCUUGACUAACCCAGCUCUCCCCAAGCUCUCUCCCUAGCCCUCUUGUUGCCACUCCUCAUCCCUCUCCCCACCCUUCCCCUGCUGCCCCCUGCCUCUCCAGCUCAAUGGCAGCGAUGGUGGAAAGAACACGACCUCUCCUCCCAUCCCUUCCGCCCAGGUUUGUUAAUUAUAGUGUGUGUUGGCUGGGCUUCCUGUGGUUCUGAGGGUCCCUCUCUCCCUCCUGCAGCGCUGUGUGCUAAAGGCCAGGGCACACAGGACCCCAGCCCCACACCUACUGCAUCAUCAUCUCUAGCCCCACACCUACUGCAUCAUCAUCUCUAGCCCCACACCUACUGCAUCAUCAUCUCUAGCCCCACACCUACUGCCUCAUCAUCUCUAGCCCCACACUUACUGCAUCAUCAUCUCUAGCCCCACACCUACUGCAUCAUCAUCUCUAGCCCCACACCUACUGCCUCAUCAUCUCUAGCCCCACACCUACUGCAUCAUCAUCUCUAGCCCCACACCUACUGCAUCAUCAUCUCUAGCCCCACACCUACUGCAUAAUCUCUAGCCCCACACCUACUGCCUCAUCAUCUCUAGCCCCACACCUACUGCAUCAUCUCUAGCCCCACACCUACUGCAUCAUCAUCUCUAGCCCCACCCCUAACGCAUCAUCAUCUCUAGCCCCACACCUACUGCCUCAUCAUCUCUAGCCCCACACCUACUGCCUCAUCAUCUCUAGCCCCACACCUACUGCAUCAUCAUCUCUAGCCCCACACCUACUGCAUCAUCAUCUCUAGCCCCACACCUACUGCAUCAUCAUCUCUAGCCCCACACCUACUGCCUCAUCAUCUCUAGCCCCACACCUACUGCAUCAUCAUCUCUAGCCCCACACCUACCGCAUCAUCAUCUCUAGCCCCACCCCUAACGCAUCAUCAUCUCUAACCCCACCCACCCUUACCCUUUUAACUCCAGUUCACCCUCAACAUUACAUAUACCUUUAACCCAGCCGCACCUUUACCCCACCUCUCCUCUCUCCUCUCUCUCCUCUUUCUCCUCUUUCUCCUCUCUCUCCUCUCUCUCCUCUCUCUCCUCUCUCUCCUAUCUCGCCUCUCUCUCUGGGUGAUGUGAUGGCUCUGGCGCAGUCUCCUGCACCCCUGUGCAGCAAGCAGGAACUGAUGGCCCUGUCAGUUUAGAGCUUCCCCGGUAACUGUUCUGAGACCUGCAUGGGCCCAAAUCCUCCCUCCCUCUCGCUUUCUCUCUGUGUCUCUGUCUCUCUCGCUCUCUGUUUCUCUCUUUCUGUUUCUGUCUUUUUCUCUCUCUUGCUCUCUUUCUCUCACUCUGUUUCUGUCUCUUUCUGUGUCUCUCUCUCCCUCCUCCUCCACAUGCUGAAAGAACCAAGCUGCUCUCAGUCUGACACCCAGACAAAAGCACAAGGGAUCAGAGAUGAGGAGGGAGACGAAGACACUGAUCCUCUCAGACAGUCUUUCUUUAGCCUAGUUCUUGUCUGCCUCUACUUGGCCAUUGUAAACUCUUGUAAGGCAGUUGUAAGAUCUCAAAAACUGUGUGCUAACGUUAUUGUACUUCUCAAGAAGCACUGUCUAUCUUCAGUCAAACUGGGGAUAUAUGAAUAGUUUUUAAUAGGGCUACUUUGGUUGUUAGUAGGUCAUAGGAGGGCUUGACCCAGAUAAAGGCUUGAGUCGUGCACACCCCUUCAAGCUAAUGAGCAGUCAUUCAGUCAACAAUGUAAUUCAUAUAUUUCAUAUAUGCUAUUGCUAAAAUAAUCAUUUGGUUGUGUUUAUGAAGGUCUUAGGUAACAUUAGAAUACAUGUUUAAAUGCAUUUUCAUUAGUUUAUGUUACUGUAGGCUAUGAAAAAACACAAAAAUGAAAACAUCAAUAGCCUAAACAUCAUUAUAAGCGCCAAGUGUGCUUGAUAAAUUGUGAAAGUCAGAACAAACGCAAUAAUGGCAUUAUAAUGAAUAUAAGUGUCGUUAUGACAGCAGUCCAAAAUAGUCAAUUAUUGUCAGCUCGUGCUACCAUGGUGUGCAUUUUCACGCAAUGGCAUUUACAUUUAGCAGUUAUGCCUUGUCCUAACAGUCGACACAAAUGUUUGCCACUUUCAAUUGCUUGACACAUUUCCCACAAACACGUCGCUUGCAGGUGACACAAGUGUCUUGGGUUUUUAGUGCAUCUGGCCACCUGUCUCCUUCCCGGGAGCUGUGUGCAACGGCUCACGUGGAAUCUUUGCUGCUGCCUUGGCCCUCAUAUGUACCUCAUAUGCCCGUGUGCCAGACUCAUGAUGAAGUCUCUCUUGGGCAUGGUGUUGUUCAUGCACUGCUUGAACAACACGUGUGGGUUGAUAACAGCCAAGUCAAGCAUGUUGUAGAAGACAGCAACAGGCCAGCGGCGGGCGGGUGCCUCCUUUUACAGAGUACAGCCGUGGUCCUCUGUAGCUCAAUUGGUAGAGCAUGGCGCUUGUAACGCCAGGGUAGGUGGUUCGAUCCCCGGGACCACCCAUACGUAAAAAUUUAUCCACACAUGACUGUAAGUCGCUUUGGAUAAAAGCGUCUGCUAAAUGGCAUAUUAUUAUUAUUAUUAUUAUUAUUAUUAUUAUUAUUAUUAUUAUCUUAAACAUCCACACCAACCUAUGGAACAGAAUAGAGUAGAAAACAGGAGGUUUAUUUUCCCAUAAGAAAAACAACACUUGUUAUACAGAAAUGCAUUGCAUAAAUUUACUAUAUAUCUAUACACACACACAGUGGGUAGAACAAGUAUUUGAUACACUGCCGAUUUUGCAGGUUUUCCUACUUACAAAGCAUGUAGAGGUCUGUAAUUUUUAUCAUAGGUACACUUCAACUGUGAAAGACGGAAUCUAAAACAAAAAUCCAGAAAAUCACAUUGUAUGAUUUCCAUUAUAUGACUUCCACAAGCUUCCAACAAUAAGUUGGGUGAAUUUUGGCCCAUUCCUCCUGACAGAGCUGGUGUAACUGAGUCAGGUUUGUAGGCCUCCUUGCUCGCACACGCUUUUUCAGUUCUGCCCACACAUUUUCUAUAGGUUUGAGGUCAGGGCUUUGUGAUUGCCACUCCAAUACCUUGACUUUGUAGUCCUUAAGCCAUUUUGCCACAACUUUGGAAGUAUGCUUGGGGGUCAUUGUCCAUUUGGAAGACCCAUUUGCGACCAAGCUUUAACUUCCUGACUGAUGUCUUGAGAUGUUGCUUCAAUAUAUCCACAUAAUUUUCCUUCCUCAUGAUGCCAUCUAUUUUGUGAAGUGCACCAGUCCCUCCUGCAGCAAAGCACCCCCACAGCAUGAUGCUGCCACCCCCGUGCUUCACGGUUGGGAUGGUGUUCUUCGGCUUGCAAGCCUUCCCCUUUUUCCUCCAAACAUAACGAUGGUCAUUAUGGCCAAACAGUUAUAUUUUUGUUUCAUCAGACCAGAGGACAUUUCUCCAAAAAGUACGAUCUUUGUCCCCAUGUGCAGUUGCAAACCAUAGUCUGGCUUUUUUAUGGUGGUUUUGGAGCAGUGUCUUCUUCCUUGCUAAGCGGCCUUUCAGGUUAUGUCGAUAUAGGACUUGUUUUACUGUGGAUAUAGAUACUUUUGUACCUGUUUCCUCCAGCAUCUUCACAAGGUCCUUUGCCGCUGUUCUGGGAUCGAUUUACACUUUUCGCACCAAAGUACGUUCAUCUCUAGGAGACAGAACGCGUCUCCUUCCUGAGUGUUAUGACGGCUGCGUUGUCCCAUGGUGUUUAUACUUGCGUACUAUUGUUUGUACAGAUGAACGUGGUACCUUCAGGCGUUUGGAAAAUGCUCCCAAGGAUGAACCAGACUUGUGGAGGUCUACAAUUUUCUUGGCUGAUUUCUUUUGAUUUUCCCAUGAUGUCAAGCAGAGGCACUGAGUUUGAAGGUAGGCCUUGAAAUACAUCCACAGGUACACCUCCAAUUGACUCAGAUGAUGUCAAUUAGCCUAUCAGAAGCUUCUAAAGCCAUGACAUCAUUUUCUGGAAUUUUCCAAGCUGUUUAAAGGCACAGUCAACUUAGUGUAUGUAAACUUCUGACCCACUGGGAUUGUGAUACAGUGAAUUAUAAGUGAAAUAAUCUGUCUGUAAACAAUUGUUGGAAAAAUUACUUGUGUCAUGCACAAAGUAGAUGUCCUAACCGACUUGCCAAAACUAUACUUUGUUAACAAGAAAUUAGUGGAGUGGUUGAAAAACGAGUUUUAAUGACUGCAACCUAAGUGUAUGUAAACUUCCGACUUCAACUGUAUAUAUAUAUAUAGAUAUGGCAAUGCGUAUUAUGUACAGUAAUAUAGACAUACCUUUGUUUGGUUGUAGUGCGUAAAAUAUCUGGUUUUCUCUUGAUUGUGUCCCAGUCGAUGGCAACUGUCGGAUGCAUGGUGACAGAAACAUUCUUUCUAGCCUUGCAUUGGUAUAGUGUGAAUGUUGUCUUGUCAUUCUUCAGCACCGCUGUGGAGUACAACGGCUGUGCAGGUGCCUUAUUUUGCGCUGAGAGAGGGAGCCCCCGUCUCGCUUUGUUGAUGGUGCCGACCAGGCUUGUUUUAUUUGCAAGCAACUUGUUCGCCAAUGACAUUGAAGUGGAGAAGUUGUCCAUUUCUUCCUCACCAUCUGAGUCGCUUUCAUCAGAUCUUGUAGCAGCGCUAACGCAGCAUGUGCAUCCAUUCGGCGUGUUCUUCUUACCAUUGUAAAUGAUGCACGUUGUCACUGUGUACUCCAAGUAGGCCAAAGUAGACUGAUGAGACUGCUUUGAUUCAGUGGACUGAUACAGGGUACAUACCAUUUUGAGAUUAGAAUUAGAAGAUACCAAUACGAUAGAAUGGCCCGCCCUGUUCUUCAUUCACAAUUGGUAAUUACAUAAUGAUGCAUUGUCCGCUUCCCCUCGCUCAUCAACUCACCCAUUCUCCCCCAUCGUACUUUACUUCAUUUAUUUCAUCUGUUGUUAUAUGCAUGAAAUUAGUGUCCGUUUAGGUUCAGUUUCGAAGGCAAAUAUCGGGGUGAUUAUCAACUGGGCACUGUCGGGAGAAGGAGCAGAGCAGACCCUGCUGUCGGGAGAAGGAGGGGCAACGGGGGAAAACUAGUCAAAAAAUGCAAUGCCCUUCUAAAACGGGUUAUAACUCCAGAUCUGUUUGUGAUAUUACAAUUCUAACAACGACAGUGUGUUAUAUAGACUUAUUUGGAAAAAGUCAAGGAUGGAGAGGGGCAUGAUUUUAAAAAUGGCAGAGUAAAAUGACUGCUUUAGCAUUCCUGUUGAUUUGAACAGAGCAGAGCAGGCAGGUGUCGUCUCUGUUACUGUGUCCUAGAGGGGCAGACAGAUGGCAUGCAAUAUUGCUACAGUGACUGGAGAGCUGGUCUCCUAACCUCGGGUUGCGGGUUCAAAUCCCAGGCGAUCUGAAACUUCCAUAGCCCUCAGCACCAGCUCAUUUCAACCCUCCCAACCAUCUGGCCAAACAGCAUGGAGAAAAUGGGCAAUAUGAAUAAUUAGCGUAUGCAUAAUGCUUAGUGAAGUGUUUGGCUAUCUCUUGUUUUUGCACAGGGUGUCUGUUCUGGCGUUAUGUGUGUUUUUUUGUAUUAGUUGAAACAAUAACCACGGUUAUGUCUGUCAUCUCUGCAGGCCACGGAGAGCGAGAUGGGUGACGUGGACCUGUCGGGGCUCCCGGAGGCGGCGGUGGACUCUGAAGAAGAGGAGGAGGAGGAUGAAGACCUGGAGAGGACGUCAGACACCCUGUUGGGUAGAGACCUUGUCAGGGAGUGUCUGGAGAAGGACCCCGUGGACCGCAACGAUGAUGACAUCGGUGAGCUGCACACCACAUUCUCCCCUGAAUACCCCCUUUACUCAGUCUGUCUCUCUCUCUCUCUCUCACACUUUCUCUCUCUCACACACACUCCCACACCCCCUCCCUCUGUUUCUAUAAAUACUAAGGGCCUUCCCUGUUUAAUUCACGUUUUAUUUUUGCGCGGGCAAUCAGCCGGGCCACCUCAUUAUUAGUGCAGUCCUGAGGGAGGGGGAAGCUGCAUGCCCACACAUCAGAGGACCCAGAGAGAGGCCUGCCUGGGGGCUGUUGGAUGCAUGGGUUGAAAGUCUCCUUUGCUGUUGGCUUGUUAGGCAGUAGGCACCGCAGACCCACUGAGAUAUGAGGAAAUGGGGAGGGGGGGCCUUUUACAGAGAGUGAGGCUGGUGUGGCUGCACUACUGCAGGCUAGAGUCAGGUCACCCUGUUCUAGGGCACUGGAGCGAUGAGACUAGAGGCAGCAUGGGAACAGGACGUAAUGCCUCCUCAGUCAGAGUGAGAGAAUAGGACACAACCCUUGCUUCCGGACAAGCUAAACACCUUCUUCACCCACUUUAAGGAUAAUACAGUGCCACUGAUGCGGCCUGCUGUCAAGGACUGUGGGCUCUCCUUCUCCUUGGCCGACGUGAGACAUUUAAGCGUGUUAACCCUCGCAAGGCUGCCGGCCCAGAUGGCAUCCCUAGCUGCGUCUUCAGAGCAUGCGCAGACCAGCUGGCUGGUGUGUUUACGGACAUAUUCAAUCUCUUCCUAUCCCAGUCUGCUGUCCCCACAUGCUCAAUAGAUCCACAGAUGAUGAAAUCGCCAUCACACUGCACACUGCCAUACAUGCUUCCUUGUCCCUCUACCCAAGAAAGCAAAGGUAACUGAACUAAAUUACUAUCACCGCGUAGCACUCACUUCUGUCAUCAUGAAGGGCUUUGAGAGACUAGUCAAGGAUCACAUCACCUCUACCUUACCUGCCACCCUAGACCCACUUCAAUUUGCUUACCGCCUCAAUAGAUCCACAGAUGAUGCAAUCACCAUCAAAAUGCACACUGCCCUAUCCCAUCUGGACAAGAGGAAUACCUAUGUAAGAAUGCUGUUCAUUGACUAUAGCUCAGCAUUCAACACCAUAGUACCCUCCAAGCUCAUCAUUAAGCUUGAGACCCUGGGUCUGAACCCCGCCCUGUGCAACUGGAUCCUGGACUUCCUGACAGGCCGCCCCCAGGUGGUGAAGGUAGGAAAAACACCUCCAAUUCGCUGAUCCUCAACACUGGGGCCCCACAAGGGUGCGUGCUCAUCCCCCUCCUGUACUCCAUGUUCAUCCACAACUGCGUGGCCAAGCAUGCCUCCAACUCAAUCAUCAAGUUUGCAGAUGACACAACAGUAGUAGGCUUGAUUACCAACAAUGACGAGACAGCCUACAGGGAGGAGGUGAGGGCUCUGGGAGUGUCGUGCCAGGAAAAUAACCUCUCACUCAACGUCAACAAAACAAAGGAGAUGAUUGUGGACUUCAGGAAACAGCAGAGGGAACACCCCCCUAUCCACGUCGACGGGACCACAGUGGAGAAGGUGGAAAGCUUCAAGUUCCUCGGCGUACACUGACAAACUGAAAUGGUCCACCCACACAGACAGCAACAGCGCCUCUUCAACCUCAGGAUGUGGCUUGGCACCUAAAUCCCUCACAAACUUUACAGAGAGAGCAUCCUGUCGGGCUGUAUCACUGCCUGGUACGGCAACUGCACCGCCAGCAACCGCAGGGCUCUCCAGAGGGUGGUGUGGUCUGCCCAACGCAUCACCGGGGGCAAACUACCUGCCCUCCAAGACACCUACAGCACCUGAUGUCACAGGAAGGACAAAAAGAUCAUUAAGGACAACAACCACCCGAGCCACUGCAUGUUCACCCCGCUAUCAUCCAGCAGGCGAGGUCAAUACAGGUGCAUCAAAGCUGGGCCCGAGAGACUGUUAAAUAGCCUUCACUAGCACAUUAGAGGCUGCUGCCUAUAUACAGAGAUUAGAAAUCACUGGCCACUUUAAUAAAUGGAACACUAGCCACUUUAAUAAUGUUUACAUAUCUUGCAUUACUCAUCUCAUAUGUAUUUCCUGUAUUCUAUACUAUUCUACUGUAUCUUAGUCUAUGCCGCUCUGACUUUGCUCGUCUAUAUAUUUAUUUAUAUAUUCUUAAUUCCAUUGCUUUACUUAGAUUUGUGUGUAUUGGGUAUAUGUUGUGAAAUUGUUAGAUAUUACUUGUUAGAUAUUACUACACUGUCGGAGCUAGAAACACAAGCAUUUCGCUACACACGCAAUAACAUCUGCUAAACACAUGUAUGUGACCAAUAAACGUUUGAGGUGCUACAUUCUUAUCAGUAACACAGCAGAUCAGACCACUGCUCACUCACUUUUCACUCACUCUUUGUCUGUUUUUGUCCAACUCUUUUCUUCUACUGUACCUCCCAUAUGCUAUUUUAUGUUGCCUCCUUAUUCUCUGUUAAAAUGCAAAAUCUUCUCUUCAUUUAUUACUUUCUCGCCUGGGAUUUAUCUGCCAUUGAAAUCAUUGGGCGGGCCACCUAAGCGUUUUUUCAGGUCACCUAAAAAUUUGAUGGAUAACACUUUCAGUGUUAACUUAAACGACUAAAACGAGAUAUAAAGUACACUACCAGUCAAAAGUUUGGACACACCUACUCAUUCAAUGGUUUUUGUUUUUUUAAACUAUUUUUUACAUUGUAGAAUAAUAGUGAAGACAUCAAAACUAUGAAAGAACACAUAGAUUCAAAUAGCCACCCUUUGCCUUGAUGACAGCUUUGCACACUUGGCAUUCUCUCAACCAGCUUCAUGAGGUAGUCACCUGGAAUGCAUUUCAAUUAACAGGUUUGCCUUCUUAAAAGGAAAUUUGUGGAAUUUCUUUCCUUCUUAAUGCGUUUGAGCCGAUCAGUUGUGUUGCGACAAGGUAGGGGGGGGUGUGGGUAUACAGAAGAUAGGCCUAUUUGGUAAAAGACCAAGUCCAUAUUAUGGCAAGAACAGCUCAAAUAAGCAAAGAGAAAAGACAGUCCAUCAUGAAUUUAAGACAUGAAGGUCAGUCAAUACGGAACAUUUCAAGAUCUUUGCAAGUUUCUUCAAGUGCAGUCGCAAAAACCAUCAAGCGCUAUGAUGAAACUGGCUCUCAUGAGGACCGCCACAGGAAUGGAAGACCCAGAGUUACCUCUGCUGCAGAGGAUAAGUUCAUUAGAGUUACCAGCCUCAGAAAUUGCAGCCCAAAUUAAUACUUAACAGAGUUCAAGUCACAGACACAUCUCAACAUCAACUGUUCAGAGGGGACUGUGUGAAUCAGGCUUUCAUGGUCGAAUUGCUGCAAAGAAACAACUUCUAAAGGACACCAAAAAGAAGAAGAGACCUGCUUGGGCCAAGAAACACGAGCAAUGGACAUUACACCGGUGGAAAUUUGUCCUUUGGUCUGGAGUCCAAAUUGGAGAUGUUUGGUUCCAUCCGCCGUGUCUUUGUGAGAUGCGGUAUGGGUGACCGGAUGAUCUCCGCAUGUGUAGUUCCCACCCUAAAGCAUGGAGGAGGUGUUAUUGUGUGGGGGUGCUUUGCUGGUGACACUGUCUGUGAUUUAUUUAGAGUUCAAGGCACACUUAACCAGCAUAGCUACCGCAGCAUUCUGCAGCGAUACGCCAUCCCAUCUGGUUUGGGCUUAGUGGGACUAUCAUUUGUUUUUCAACAGGACAAUGACCCAACACACCUCCAGGCUGUGUAAGGGCUAUUUUACCAAGAAGUAGAGUGAUGGAGUGCUGCAUCAGAUGACCUGGCCUCCACAAUAUCCCAACCUCCACCCAAUUGAGAUGGUUUGGGAUGAGUCGGACGGCAGAUUGAAGGAAAAGCAGCCAACAAGUGCUCAGCAUAUGUGGGAACUCCUUCAAGACUGUUGGAAAAGCAUUCCAGGUGAAGCUGGUUGAGAGAAUGCCAAGAGUCCAAACUUUUGACUGGUACUGUAUGUAGAAAAGAUAAGGGACCUAUAUAAUUAUUUUAUACAUCAUCUUUGAGAACUAACAAUCACCAAGAUAAAAGCUAGAUAGUCAGGGAGAAUUGAAAAUUCCCAAAACAAUGUCCCAAAACAAUGAAUUUAGUAGUAUAGAUUUUGUUAUUGUAUUUGAACAAAAGAUCACAGCAUUAGCCAUGGCAAAAUGCAUAGAAUUCCAGGGAAUUUGCUUUAAAAGCAAAAAAAAUCUACUCCGCCAACAUGGGGGCCUCUAAAAUUGUAUCUAGAAUUCAGCCGCGCCGACCGCGCCCCCUGCCACGCCCACCACCUAAGCCCCUUUUUGAUUCAGAAAAAACCCUUCUCUCCUUGUCUCCCCUCUCAUGUUCUCUCUCUCCUUUCUCCCCCAUCCAGAACAACUGUUGGAGUUCAUGCACCAGCUGCCAGCCUUUGCCAACAUGACCAUGUCAGUGCGGAGGGACCUGUGUACUGUCAUGGUGUUUGAGGUGGUGGAGCAGGCGGGGACCAUAAUCCUAAAGGACAAACAGGAGGUACGGACCAUAGCCAGAACACACACCUUCCUGAUCAACCAUUCCACAUCACUAGGGCUAGGAAUUUUUCCUGACCAUGUGACGUUACCAGGAAAAAGUUUGGGAUGUAGUUAUAUGGGCUGUAACUAGGGCCCGGAGUUUUCCCUGGUCUGAUUACGUGGUAACAUUAUUCCAUCCUGUAACAGCAGCCACCAGUGAUCACAUCCACAUCUCUAAAACACCAUAUUUCAUCCUAUAGCCGCAGGUUUCAUCUCCAAAUGAAUGGGAUGUACAGUAUGUAGCCAAGUUAACUCUGUUCAAAGCCAUGCAGGAAACUUGCUGCAGAGCAGCAACCGUCAAUCAUUUAACCAGACUUACAGAACUAAUUAAUUGAGUUACAUGCCUGAGAAAAAGGGAAUCUUUCACGGCUGUCUGCAAAAGGCAGCGCCCAGCCGACAACUUAAUAUAUUACAUUGAAUGGCCUCACCACUUACUUUAGCACAAGUGGAUGGGAUCUGCGUCAAUAAUGUGAGUCUACACACACACAGGUGUGUAAAGCAGGGGACAGCUACACAAGGCGAUGUGCGUGUGUGAGUUCAGUAUGUUAGACAGGUUGGCGAUGCUAGAUUUCCUAGACCUGCUGCCUGGCCUGGUCUGCUGUGGGCUGGUGUGAAGGUCAGAGGGAAUCAGUCAGCCUUCACUGCAGCGUCCUUAACACUGCUACGAGACAAUGAGGAGGCGAGAAAAGAGAUAGUAGAGGGUAGGGGGGGAAAGGUGAAGGCAGCUCAUCACAUUUCCUCCAUCUCCCUCCUUCACAAUGCUUCCCUGUGUUCCACUUUGAAAAGCCUUUAUUGCCUUCAUGGUUGAAAGCCAUGUUCAGCCAUCUCAUAGAGUUACUGUGGAUGUAAGCUAGAUGUUAAUCUCUUCGACAAGCACUUCCCUGCCUGCAGAGUUCUGCACACACCUCACCCUUAGUCUGCAGUCUGAUAUUGGACUUCAGUGUGUUAUAUUCUAGAGAUUCAUAAGGUUGGAAAACACACUUCACUUUUGGAGAACCUCUUCUAUUCACUCAAACUCUGUAUACCACAUACAGAGACAUAUUAUAAUACCAGGCAACAAUGAAUCUUUUGAGUGAAGCUCCAUAAAAGCAUCUCCUCUAUUAUGACGUUCAGCCAGCCAGUCAGUCAGUCCCUGUUUUAGUGAUGGUGUUUGGCACUGCUGCUGUCAUCACUGUGCAACCCCCCCCCUCCCAGCUGGACCUGUGGUAUGUGAUCCUGAACGGGUCGGUGGAGAUCAGCCACACAGACAGCCGCAUGGAGACCCUCUGCAUGGGCAACAGUUUCGGAAUCUCCCCCUCCCUGGACAAGCAGUACAUGAGCGGAGUGGUACGCACCAAGGGGGACGAUUGCCAGGUGAGAUACUAUUCUCUCAUAUAAUUAUUUAGACUCCUAGCAUCUGGACUCUUAGGUCUGAGUCUCAAAUCACACCCUAUUUCCUAUAUAGUGCACUACGGGCCCUGGGACCCUAAUGGAGCCUGCUCAAAAGUAGUACACUAUAUCGGGAUUAGGGUUGACAUUUCAAUGUGAAUGGCCACUCGAGUCGGCCCACUCAACCUCUUAUCAGACUGCUAUUAUAACCCUAUUAUACUGAACAAGGAGCAGCCUCAUCGAGAAAUUAAAUGGGAACUGUUCUUUCCCUUUUGCCAUCGGGUUGGAAGAUUAAGAUGGCGGUGUUCUUUUAUUCCUUGGAAAUAUAGAGAUGAGUGGUAUAAACGGUGUAGUAUUGGUAUCUAUGGUGUAAAUGUUAGUGAUGCUACAGAGGUUUUGUAUAAUUUCAGCCAGUAGUUUUCAAAGUAGCACCCACGAGCCAAAAUGGGUCCCCGAAAAUUGUGCACAAUUGUGUGCAACGUAUUCCUUUUCUAUGAUAUGUUACGUCCUGCAAUAGAAAAUAAUAAUAAUCUGCAAUUCAUAUGAUACAGUGGGGGAUUUAGUCAGCCACCAAUUGUGCAAGUUCUCCCACUUAAAAAGAUGAGAGAGGCCUGUCAUUUUCAUCAUAGGUACACGUCAACUAUGACAGACAAAAUGAGAAAAUACAUUCCAGAAAAUCACUGUAGGAUUUUUAAUGAAUUUAUUUGCAAAUUAUGGUGGAAAAUAAGUAUUUGGUCAAUAACAAAAGUUUCUCAAUACUUUGUUAUAUACCCUUUGUUGGCAAUGACACAGGUCAAACGUUUUCUGUAAGUCUUCACAAGGUUUUCACACACUGUUGCUGGUAUUUUAGCCCAUUCCUCCAUGCAGAUAUCCUCUAGAGCAGUGAUGUUUUGGGGCUGUCGCUGGGCAACACAGACUUUCAACUCCCUCCAAAGAUUUUCUAUGGGGUUGAGAUCUGGAGACUGGCUAGGCCACUCCAGGACCUUGAAAUGCUUCUUACGAAGCCACUCCUUCGUUGCCCGGGCGGUGUGUUUGGGAUCAUUGUCAUGCUGAAAGACCCAGCCACGUUUCAUCUUCAAUGCCCUUGCUGAUGGAAGGAGGUUUUCACUCAAAAUCUCACGAUACAUGGCCCCAUUCAUUCUUUCCUUUACACGGAUCAGUCGUCCUGGUCCCUUUGCAGAAAAACAGCCCCAAAGCAUGAUGUUUCCACCCCCAUGCUUCACAGUAGGUAUGGUGUUCUUUGGAUGCAACUCAGCAUUCUUUGUCCUCUAAACACGACGAGUUGAGUUUUUACCAGAAUGUUAUAUUUUGGUUUCAUCUGACCAUAUGACAUUCUCCCAAUCCUCUUCUGGAUCAUCCAAAUGCACUCUAGCCAACUUCAGACGGGCCUGGACAUGUACUGGCUUAAGCAGGGGGACACGUCUGGCACUGCAGGAUUUGAGUCCCUGGCGGCGUAGUGUGUUACUGAUGGUUGGCUUUGUUACUUUGGUCCCAGCUCUCUGCAGGUCAUUCACUAGGUCCCCCCGUGUGGUUCUGAGAUUUUUGCUCACCGUUCUUGUGAUCAUUUUGACCCCACGGGGUGAGAUCUUGCGUGCAGCCCCAGAUCGAGGGAGAUUAUCAGUGGUCUUGUAUGUCUUCCAUUUCCUAAUAAUUGCUCCCACAGUUGAUUUCUUCAAACCAAGCUGCUUACCUAUUGCAGAUUCAGUCUUCCCAGCCUGGUGCAGGUCUACAAUUUUGUUUCUGGUGUCCUUUGACAGCUCUUUGGUCUUGGCCAUAGUGGAGUUUGGAGUGUGACUGUUUGAGGUUGUGGACAGGUGUCUUUUAUACUGAUAACAAGUUCAAACAGGUGCCAUUAAUACAGGUAACGAGUGGAGGACAGAGGAGCCUCUUAAAGAAGAAGUUACAGGUCUGUGAGAGCCAGAAAUCUUGCUUGUUUGUAGGUGACCAAAUACUUAUUUUCCACCAUAAUUUGCAAAUAAAUUCAUUAAAAAUCCUACAAUGUGAUUUUCUGGAAAAAAAAUUCUCAAUUUGUCUGUCAUAGUUGACAUGUACCUAUGAUGAAAAUUACAGGCCUCUCAUCUUUUUAAGUGGGAGAACUUGCACAAUUGGUGGCUGACUAAAUACUUUUUUUCCCCACUGUAUGUUACGAAUUCCAAUUCAUAGAAUGUUACACAUUUGUAAGUGCUUAAGGUCCUGUUUAAUCUCUUGAAAAUUGUGUUGGUUUUCACAAGCGAAGGAGGGCUAUGUUGAAGAGCUGUUGCUUAGUCAUACAGAAGAGGAACUUGGUCUUAAUAUAGAGAUAGGAGGCAGCAGUAGUAAAAGUAGCCUGCCACUCGAGAACUGGUUUGAGCAACUCUCUCUGUUACUACCCAGUUUCUACACAAACCUGUCUAGUUCCUUCAAGAGCUCUUUCACCAGAAGCACUGUUUUCUGUCACUGUUUCAGACCCUGAACAGCAGCUCAGUGAGACGGCCGCAGGCAGAGGUGAACGCUAGCCAGGGGUGUGUAGCUUGACCGUUCAGCCAGGUGAAUGUUAGCUAGGGGAGAGUAGCAGGACCAAGAUAGCAUACUGUGGCUAGUGUUUACGAUCCUAGCUGGACCAGUUGCCAAGGGAGUGUAGCUAGUCUGUUAGCUUGUAGACUAGCAUUGCUGGACCAGUAGCUAGGGGAGCGUGGCUGGACCAUUAGCACUAGCCACCAGUCAUCCUUCCCUGCCAUGCCUCUCUCCUGCUCCCGGGACUCUUUCGUGUUGCUGUUUGAGUACCCAGUUUUAGUGCAGAGCACCAGGCUCCUGUACUGUAAAUUCACCCGCUGUCCCCAUGUCAUUGUGGACCAGUUUGUGUGCAUUGCCCAAGAGGACUACUGGCGUAUCCUCAACCAUGUGGAGAAGAACACACACAAGGUGGAGGAGGAGGGAGAGAUCGUCAUGGUGAAGGAGCAUCGGGAGUUGGACCGCAGCGGCACCAGGAAAGGACACAUCGUCAUCAAGGUGAGGCUGAAAGUAUAAGAGUUAAAGGGCCGGACACAGAUUAGGCUAUCCCUAGUCCUGGAUGGUAAUCUGUCUGAGAAAUCAGCCUAAAAUUGUUAUUAUUGGCUGGUUUGAAUGUAUGCAUUGCUGAGACUACCUAGCUGUGACCACCACAUGGUUCUACUAUUGCGCCUGUAGAUGCUAUUGUUUUUGCAUGGGUCCUAUUGUCCAGCCCCUUAAUCGAUCUCCAACACUCGGUAAACAGCCAGCUAUUGAUCUACUAAUGGACUAGACUGAUUUCCUUGUCUUCAUCUCCUAAGACUCCUUCGCUCCCCCAAACACCUACAGUAUAGAUGGGUUGCUGCUGCUGAUCUGCGGAGUGAUCCUCGCUUCUGUAUUCUCUUGUCUUUAAAUCAUUUGAAAACUGCUGACUUGAAUUACUAUUCCCCUAAAAAAACACUCGGUUUCUGGUCAGGUGACCGCUCACACAAGGUUUGCUUUGAAGUGCUAUCCUUUCACCCAAUUCCAUUUUUUCUUUUUUUAAAUGGAGUAAUCCAAGUCUUAAUUGCCGCUGAGGGGACUAAUAAAGUUGUAUUGGAUUGAAUUGAGAGUUGGAAUGCAGUCGUGAUUAAUGUGUGUCUGUCCACUCAGGGCACCCCAGAGCGUCUGAUAUUGCACCUGGUGGAGGAGCCAUCGGUGGUUGACCCCACCUACAUCGAAGACUUCCUCCUCACCUACCGAACCUUCCUCUCCAGCCCCAUGGAGGUCGGCAAGAAGCUACUCGAGUGGUUCAAAGUCGACAGCCUCAGAGACACGGUGUGUACACUACUGUGUGUGUGUGCGCGUGCACGUGUGUGUGUGCGUUGUGCCGGCUUCUUUAUGUGAAGGCAUGUUUGUACUACACAGUAAUCAAUACAACUUGUGCCAGGUCAGCAUUCUUGGGUGUAAGGGGGAUUUGUCCUGUCGAGAUACUCUCAUAGUCCAUAAAUGAUUUAACAUAAGAUUAGUCUUGUGCUGUCAAUAGUCUUUAUCGAGAUAUCACUUGUCGUGUAAUCAUUCUUCCUCUUAAAAGGGCCCUUCCCCUCAAAGAGUGUCACUGUUUGUAGCUCUGUCUGCGGUAUGGUUGCUGCAUUGUGAGCAAAGAUUACCUUUGCUUUAGAUUGGAACAACGCUACACUUAUAUUUUCAGCCACUGCUUUUCCGGACCCUUGCAGUUCAAAGAAAGAUUACGGAGAAAUAUGAUACAUUGCCUUCAGAAAGUAUUUAUACGCCUUGACUUAUUCCACAUUUUGUUGUGUUACAGCCUGAAUUCAAAAUGGAUGACAUCGUUUUUUUUUCUCUUACCCAUCUACACACAAUACCCCAUAAUGACAAGGUGAAAACAUGUUUUUAGAAAUGUUAGCAAAUUUAGUAAAAAUUAAAUACAGAAACCUCUCAUUUACAUAAGUAUUCACACCCCUGAGUUAGUACUUUGUAGAAGCACCUUUGCACAUCUGGAUUUGGGGAUUUUCUACCUUUCUUCCUUGCAGAUUUUCUCAAACUCUGUUGUUAGAUGGGGAGCCGCAGUGAACAGCAAUCUUCAAGUCUUUUCACAGAUUUUGAAUGGGCUUAAAGUCUGGGCUUUGGCCGGACCACUCAAGACUUUCACAUUCUUGUUCUGAAGCCAUUCCAGCAUUGCUUUGACUGUAUGCUUACGGUCAUUGUCCUGUUAGAACGUAAAUGUUCACCCCAGUCUAAGGUCGUCUGCUCUCUGAAGCAGAUUCUCAUCAAGGAUUUGCCUCUAUUUGGCUCCAUUAAUUGUUCCCCCUAUCCUUACCAGUCUCCCAGUCCUAAUGCUGCCACCACCAUGCCUCACGGUAGGGAUGGUGUUAGAUGGGUGAUGAACUGUGCCUGGUUUUCUCCAGACAUAGCGCUUUGCAUUCAGGCCAAAGAGUAAACACAUUUUUUAUCAGACCACAGAAUCUGUUGCCUUAUGAUCUCAGUCUUUCCCGUGCCUUUUUGCAAACUCCAGAUGUGCUGUCAUGUGCCUUUUUCUCAGGAGUGGCUUCCAUCUGGCCACUCUCCCAUAAAACCCAGAUUGGUGAAGUGCUGUAGAGACUGUUGUCCUUCUGGCAGGGUCUCCCAUCUCAGCCAAGGAACUUUGUAGUUCUGUGAGAGUGGUCAUUGGGUUCUUGGUCACCUUCUUGACCAAGGUCCUUCUUGCCCGGUUGCUCAGUUUGGUCGGACGGCCAGCUCUAGGCAGAGUCUGGGUAGUUCCAUAUUUUUUCCAUUUCCCAAUGAUGGAGACCACUGUGCUCUUGGAAACUUUCAACACUCUAGAAAUUGUUUUAUACCCUUUCCCAGAUAUAUGCCUCUUCACAAUUAUAUCUCUGAGAUCUACGGACAGUUCUUUGAACUUCAUGGUAUAGUUUCUUCUCUGGCAUGCACUGUCAACUGUGGUACCUUAUAUAGACAGGUUUGUUUCUUUCUAAUUCAUGUCCAAACAAUUAAAUUGGCCACAGGUGGACUCCAAUCAAGUUGUAGUGAAAUCUCAAGGAUGAUCAAAAUAAAUUGUAUGCACCUGAGCUCAAUUUGGAGUAUCAUAGUAAAGGGAUGUGAAUACUUAUGUAAAUGAGUUUUCACUUUGUCAUUAUGGAGUAUUGUGUGUAGAUUGUAAAAAAUAUAUUUAAUCCAUUUUGAAUUCAAGUUGUAACACAACAAAAUGUGGAAUAAGUCAAGGGGUAUGAAUACUUUCUGAAGGCACUGUAUCUUUAGCCUCAGCUAAAAUUGAAUGUUUGAUCGUUGGAGCUUGCUGCUUUUUAGAAAUGUACAGGAUUCUCUAUGAAGUUUGUUGAAUAAGCUUUGACAGCCUUGUGUUUCGCUGUGCAGGUGACACGGAUAGUGUUGUUAUGGGUGAACAACCAUUUCAACGACUUUGAAGGUGACCCAGCCAUGACAAGGUUCCUUGAAGACUUUGAGAAGCUGCUGGAAACCACAGUAAGAUCACCUUUCCCAUAUUGUGUCUAUACUAAUGGUGUGUCCCAAAUGGCACCCUAUUCCCUAUAGUGUACUACUUUUGACCAAAGCACUAUGAGCACUGGUCAAAAGUAGUGCACUAUAUAAUGAAUAGGGAGCCAUUUUGGAUGCAACCUCUGCUGAACAUAAUGUGCAUUGACCUCAAGGCGUUCACAUCUUCACUAAACUAAAGCCUCACACCUUGAGCUUCACUCUGUGGUCAGACAGACAUGCAAUCAAUCUUCUGUCUGUGGGUGUAACAACUCUGUGGUUGAACCAGAUGUUAGCUGUUAGCCCAGGUCAGUUGAGUGAGUGAGUAGGUGUUGAAACCUUUUCUGUUCCUUUAGAAAAUGAAGGGUCACCUGAGGCUACUGAACAUAGCGUGUGCAGCCAAGGCCAAGUGGAGGCAGAUCACCCUGCAGAAACCAUCCAGAGAGUCCCCGCUCUACUUCAGCCUGCAUGGCGGCAGCGAGAGGGGCUUCGGCAUCUUCGUCGAGUCAGUGGAGGAGGGUAGCAAGGCCGCGGAGGCUGGACUCAAACGGGGAGACCAGGUAGGAGAAGUGUUUACUCGUGUUGUAAUGUUUUUGUAUUGUAUUUUUUAUAUUCAAAAAAAUACAUUUCAUAGUGUUCAGACUGCUGUUCAGAUGCCAUUUGUGGGUAGUUUCAGUAACUAGUGCAGUUGACUCAAAGCUCUCUUUAUUUUCCUCCUUCAGAUAAUGGAGAUCAAUGGUCAGAACUUUGAGAACAUCUCCUACGCCAAAGCUAUGGACUUCCUGAGGAACAACACACACCUCUCCCUCACAGUCAAGACCAACAUCUUCGGUUAGUACAAUCUGUCCUCUUACCAAAACGAGGAUUAUUUCAUUAACGAUGCAGGACCACCUGAAAUUAAAAUGACAGAUGUUAACAGUGGUCUGUACCUGGGUCAGUACCUGUGGCCAGUCAUGUGUUGGGUUGCAAAAUGCUUGUAACUUUCUCACAUUUCCCAAGUCUUCCAACCAUACUUUCUGGAAAACCUGGGAAUUUGGCAAAAGUUACCAGGAUUUUGCAACCCUAGUUCUGUGACUGCGUCUUGCCAGCCACCCACUAUCCCUCCUCUCCUCUCCCCAGUGUUCAAAGAGCUGCUGAGCCGGAUCGUUCACGAGAAGAAGAAUGGCGGUCCCCACAUCCCUAAGAUCCAGGAGAAGAAGUGUAACCGCUUCUCCAUCCCAGACCUGCCCGGAGACAUGGAGUUCCCCACAGACCACAAGGCCACCAAGAAGAUGAAGGCCAACACCGUUUCUGGAGGACGGAACAAGAUCAGGAAGAUGCUAGAGAAGACCCGCUUCAGCAUCCUACCACCUAAGCCCUUCAGGUAGGAGAGUGUUGUGUUGUAGUUGUUUUAUAUUCACUGGGCUUUAAGAUGAAAGGGAGUCCAUCAUCAUCAUCAUCAUCAUCAUCAUCCUCAAUUUCGCUCCAUAUCAAUGACAGCUGGACCGUUCUCUGUUGUUCUACCCCUAAAAGCUUUUUAAAGUUAUUGUAGAUUAAAGGAAAAGCUUUUUGGGGAGGGUCUGUUCUUUGAAAACCUAAACAUGCAAUUUUAGUCUGAUUUCAUACCUUCCAGAGGACUCAUUAUGAUCCAUAGUGUUUCAGUGCAGAGUGAGAACGAAACAGUGUUAAUUGCCCAGGGAGACGUUGGCAACGCUCUCACAUAAAGUUCUUCCUUUCCCCUCCACGCACGCUCUGCUCUGUCAGCUCAUCUAGUGUAAUUACCCUCCAUUUCAUGAAACCGUUUAGCAUCAUUGAGCCAUUGAUCUGCCAUAGCCAACCAACAACUGUAUCUAAAUCACAACGCUUUUAUUCAUGUUUUAUUCCAUUUACUCUGAGGGGACUUAAAGAGAGUGGAGAUGAGAGACUGAUUGGGGAGCAUCAGGCUUCAUUAGUAGCUUAUUAUAGACAGACAACAUUAUAGAAUGUGGUAGUAGUGCACCGCGGCGGAUGCUAGUUGCUAGCGACAAUGGUAAACUUCAUCAACAGCUCUAUGUGUGGUUGUUCUUCGUGCUGGGGUAGUGAAGUCAGUGUAUGAUUUAAGAUGUCAGUCACUUCUGAUGCUUGUCUUUAUGCUGUCAUCUCAAUAGGCUGCUGAUGAGAUGGAACAUGUCCUCUUCUCUCUACUUAGGCUGUGUCCAAAAUGACACCCUAUUCCCCACUUUUGCUUUGACCAGGGCCCGUACGGAAUAGUGUGCCAUUUGGGACACAGACUUAGUUUAAUGAACAGUGGCGAAGACCGUACAGGGCAAGCACAGGUCUCCGUCUUUAUUCCACUGGUGUGAUACUUGAGUCAUGUGCCUUUUCUGAUGGCGAUGGAAGCAGGAGGAUGGACAGGUCAGGGAAGUAGGCUACUCUCUUCAGUCUGCAGUAUUCUACAGUAGGACAGUCACAGGACUGCCUGGCUUUGCUGCUGGGUCAUAUAUUGACCAACCAGUUGAUUUACUGGGAUUCCAUUGGCAGCCAAUAGACUAGGUAGUUUGAGCUGGACACUAAUGGUGGUGAUUUGGCGAGGUGACUGUAAGGGAUAGCCAGGGUAUGUAACAUCUCAUCUCCUAAACUCUCAUUCUUAUACUCAUUAUCUGUGUUUAAAAGUGUAGAAGUAGAUAUAUCAGCCAUUUGUCAAAAGCAGACUGUGUCCUGGGACUUUCCUGGUGUAAAUGUACACUGAGUGUAUAAAACAUCAGGAUAUAAUAUUGAGUUGCACUCCCUUUUGCCCCCAGAACAGCCUAAAUUCAUCAGGGCAUGGACUCUACAAGAUGUUGAAAGCGUUCCACAGGGAUGCUGGCGCAUGUUGGCUCUAAUGCUUCCCACAGUUGUGUCAGGUUGGCUGGAUGUCCUUUGGGUGGUGGACCAUUCUUGAUACACAUGGGAAACUGUUGAGUGUGAAUAACCCAGCAGCGUCGCAGUUCUUGACACUCAAACUGGUGCUUCUGGCACCUACUACCAGACCCCGUUCAAAGGCACUUCAAUCUUUUGUCUUGCCCAUUCACCCUCUGAAUGGCACACAUACACAAUCCAUGUCUCGAUAGUAUCAAGGCUUAAAAAUCCUUAUUUAACCAGUCUCCUCCACUUCAUCUACACUGAUUUGAAGUGGAUUUAAGAAGUGUCAUCAGUAAGGGAUCAUAGCUUUCACCUGCAUUCACCUGGUCAGUCUGUCAUGGAAAGAUCAGGUGUUCCUAAUGUUUUGUACAAUCAGUGUAUAUUAAAUGUGUAAAUGUAUAUCAGAUGCUUUGCUUUAGUAUGUUGGAUUAAUGUGAGGUUAUCGGUUACGUCAAUGAUGAUUGGUUCAACUAAAGAAGGAAAAAUGAUUUCAGCCUAUUUGUUUUUCACUACUUUUAUGUCUGCCCGUGUGUGUUUGAGGUUGGUGGCUUCUUAAUUGGUGAAGAAGGGCUCGUGGUAAUGGCCGGAGCGGAAUCGGUGGAACACAUGGUUUGAUCCAUUCCAUUUGCUUCGCUCCAGCCGUUAUUAUGAGCCGUCCUCCCCUCAGCAGCCUCCACUGAGGUGCAUGUACUGUAUGUCCAUCUGUAUGUGUCUACUGUCUGUCUGUGUGUGUAACGUCCAGUGUCUGGAUACUGUGGCCUUGUCUCCUCAUUAUCUGCCUGUGUGUUGUUGUUGUUGCUGCUCACUGCUAACAUGCCUCUGGCACACUGUACUGUACUGCAGACGUGUUGUUCUCAUGCACUGUCCUCUGUCUCUCCUCUAACUGCCUCACCUGCACAGGGGACUCUUUGGGUAAGACACUUGUUGUGUAAUUAGUCCCCUCAUUUACUGGCAAUGUGGAGAAAACACAGGUUGUGUUCCAAAUGGUACCCUAUUCCCUAUAUGGGCCCUGGGCAUUCAGUGCACUACAUAGGGACUAGGGUGCCAUUUGUGACACGUGCACUCACAGUCAUUGUAGGCAGGGAUGAAUUCAGCAAUUUCCUUUAACAGAAAGCUAGAGGACUGCGUUGUGAUCUUCAUGUGAAAUCAUUCCGAAUAUCUGCGCACAUUCCUAAAGCUACCGAGGUGCUUAACAGAUUGAAGCUCUCAUUGAAACCUGUAGACGUUCUGUUCUGUUCCUACCGUACCUGUUUAUUCCUCUCUGUAGAAUUCUCUACAACUUCAAGGUCAGUCAGAUAGAGCUUGAGAAUACAGUGAAAUAUUGUAUGGAGUUCAGGGUGAUUCUAUGCUCGUGUGUACUUUCAUGUACAGCUUUUUAUCACUUAUCAGCUUCACAUCCCAUAGUGCUUCACUCCACAGUUUAUACAUACAACAUACCUUACUCUAAAGGAAAUUAAUUUGAUUGGGAUUGAAGUAUAACAUGAUAAGGUGCCUAUAAUAGUAUGCUGAAAAGUGCUCACACGACUAACCUUGGUGUAGUGUAUCCAUCUGAAUCACCCUGGGCCAUGCUGGCCUAAGACUGAGUUUUGAGGUAUGAGGAAGUAGUUUAAAAGUUUGGUUGAGUCACAAGUUACUGAGGAAUGGGAUUGUCAUUAGGACUUCAUGCGGUGGUACAUAUGAUAGGUUCGUAUCUAUGACGCUUGUAUGUUUCUGUCAUUUUAAUGUAUGUGUCUACGUCUACAUUUUGUUUAUGGUGUGUAUGUCUGUAAGUUGUUAUCUCUGAUAUUUGUCUGGAAUAUUGUUCUUCCCUGCUGCUGUCUUGGUUGGACCAGGUCUCCCUUGGAAAAAUAGAUGUUAUCUCAAUCAGACUAACCUGGUUAAAUAAUAAUAAAGAAAUAAACAUGCACUCUGCUAACCGCCCUAGCCUGGUCCCUGUUCUCUUUGUACUGUCUUGUCAAGCCCUAUAGUUAUUGUCACGCCAAACCAUAGGAGUUGGCAAGACCGCACAAAAGGAUCACCAGGAUAUGUUGGCCCCGUAUCAGUCUGUGUUUGUCAUUUGGGGGAGGAGGGGCCUUGAAAUGUCAAUCAGUCAGUACACCUGUGGGGGGAGACUUUUCUGAGGGGACUUUUCUAACCAGCAUCCCAUUGACAGCAUGGCUAGCCAAAAUCUAAAACAGACCCUUACCUUAACCAUAAGCCCAAUUCUUACCGACCGUAACCUCAUUUUAACCCAUUUGGAAAUUAGGCCUAGGCCUAAAUAUCGCUUUACACGUCAGCCACGUCCCCUUCCUUCUCACCCAGCUGCGAGGGCCAUUUAGUGCAGAAGCAGUCAAUUAGAGCUGCAGCCUGGAGGCAUGAUGAUGGUGUGUUGGUAUUCCAACACCCUCUGGGGAGCGGUAUCUAGCCACAAAGACACCACCGUAAUGAGACCAUUCAUCUAAAGGAGUCAUUUGCAUAUCAGACCCUUAAUGCUGAUGUCUCUCUCUCAGUCCCUGUUUACCCUAGAGAGUUGACUCUAGACAUACGCACAGAGAGGCAGGCCAGGCAAGCAGACCUCUCAUCCCAGCCCCAUUUGAAUUGUCUGUCUGAGAUUGAAUGUCACGCAUAAAGGUUGUUUUUCUGUGUUUGUACAAAGGCUUCUCAUCCUUGCCAUCAAUCAUGCAUAGUGUGUGUUUGGGUGUCUGUGUGUGUCUCAUUGGUGUGUGUAUGUGUACUCACUGUGCUGUCAUCAUUCCUGGGCCCUGUUUGUAUUGGGUUUCUGUGCACCCUGCUCAUCAGCCACAUCAUUCAUGUGGUCUUUCAUGGAUGGGUCUCAGCCAACCCCAUGAGUAUUCAUAACUACCUAUGAAAGGAUUGCCAUGAUUGCAGUGCACUGUAUGGAAAUCAGGAAGACCAGGAAUGCUUACUCAACUGUUUAUUUUUAUGCAGUGAUAUUGUAUAUAUGGCUCUGGGGCCAGGAGUUCCUGACCAGGAAAAACUCUUAAUCCCUGAUUUGACAUCCUCUCUCAUCUCUCUCUCUCUCUCUCUCUCUCUCUCUCUCUCUCUCUCUCUCUCUCUUCUCUCUCAUGUGUCUCUCUCUCUGUCUACUAUCUCUCGCUAUCUCUCUCUAUGUUUCGCGAUAUCUCUCUCUCUCUCGCUAUAUCUCUCGUAUCUCUCGCGUAUCUCUCUCUCCGCUAUCUCUCUCUCUCUCUAGCUAUCGCCUCUCUCCGCUAUCUCUCUCUCUCUCUCUCUCUCCUAUCUCUCUUCUUCUCUCGCUCUUCUCUCUCUAUCCUCUCUCUCUCUCUUUCUCUCUCUCUCCUCUCUCUAUGUGCCACAGUGUGGUGGCGUGGGUCAGUCUAAGGAUGACAGCAUUUGUGGGCACUAAGAAGUGCAGGCACAGCGUGGCCAUCAUGCCCAUCCCUGGCAGCUCUCAUCAGCCAGCCCUCGACCUGCUGACCGCCAGCCACCAGUGUGUUGGACUUCUCCAACCCAGCAGGUGAGAGACGGACACAUACACACGCACACAUGUAUGCGCGCACACACACACAUGCAGAAGCCACUCACAGAAGGGUAUUUUCUUGGUUAAAUAAGGGUUAAAUAAAUACACAGAGGCAGAAGCACUCACUGUCACUAGGGCAUCUGCUGGAGCAACAUCUCACCAUUCACUCUCAUGCUCACCACAAGGCCAGAGGAUCUCCAGUAUACCUGAUGAUUACAGCUUGUAGUGACUACUGCUCACAACUCCACUGAGACAAUUACCAACUGAAGAUGGGCACACUUUACAUAAGUGUUUAUCUUGUUCAUUUUUCAAGUGUAUGGCCUCUUCAGACUGGGUUAAAUAGGCAAUAGGCAUAACAUUGGAGCUGUGCAGUGGGAAAACGGCAGUAAUUACUCAUGGAAGAACACUUCUCACAGAGAGAGAAAGCACUUCCUGCUUGGAGAAACUCCUCACACUGCUCUGCCCUGCAGGCCCUGAGGUUAAUCACAGAAUUGACCAUUAUGAGCACGCCACAAACACAUACACACACCGGUGUUCCGUUUCUCCUCUGUCUCUCAAGCAUUUCCAUUUCAAGAGCUCGGACAUGAAAUAGAAUUAAAGCCAUAUGAAAAGGAUUAAACGCUGACAGAUUUCAGAGCCCAUAAUUAUUGAAACAACUAAGCGGCCUCCCCGAGGAGAGAGGAGGGGGGAAUAUGCUUUUGAUAUAUCCUCCCCAAUCAUUUGUCAUUCAGCGCAGCCCGCAGACAGAGGGUCCAUGCUGCGGCCCCAAUACAUCACGCACGCCUGUAGAGGACUGCCCCCCCCCCUCCACCAAGCCCAUUGAGAUAAGAGCUGAAUCAUCUUCUAUUAGUGCCGUUUCUCUUCUCCAACGACCACACUCUGGCUUUUUCACUGUGAAUGACGGCUAGGUAGGGGGGAUGUUCAGCGACAAGUGCAGACACCCCCCACCACCCCGGUAGAACCCCCUAUCCACUCAUCUCAAAGCAGCCCUCUCAGUGUGGGGAGUAAUCCCUCACAAAGCCUGGCCUCCAAUUAGAUUAAGAGGGGGAUCAGAGAAACUGGAGUUUGCAGUUAAGUACAGUGUUAUUCUUCGAGGCCUUCGGUUGGGUGUAAGAAGGCUUGUCUGGGGGCUUGUGUGUGUGUCACUGCGGCAGACUCAGAUCUCAGCUCUCUGUCACACACACACUGUACCCUCCCUCUCUCCAGUACACUGAUCUGAUUAUAAACAGAUACUUUAGUGAAAGUCCUGCCCCGCUGACGUUCUCCGUUGUCCCACAACGGGAAAGCUGCAGUUCUAGUCCUCUCUUUUCCAACCACUGUUCUCUCUCUCUCUCUCUCUCUCUCUCUCUCUCUCUCUCUCUCCUCUCUCUCUCUCUCUCUCUCUCUCUCUCUCUCUCUCUCUCUCUCUCCUCUCUCUCUCUCUCUCUCUCUCUCUCUCUCUCUCUCUCUCUCUCUCUCUCUCUCUCUCUCUCUCUCCUCCUCUUUCUGCUUCCCCAGCCGUGGGCUUCUACUGUAAGUAUCUAUGUGCUUUCUCCCCAGUCUCAGUGGAAGACUUGGGUUGUGUGUUUGUUUUGGCGACAUUCAGUUUAUGCUUCCAAGUUUCCCCUCCCGUCAUUUUUUCCCCUCUUCAUUCAUGAGCUUUCGAGUUCGGUCUCUCUCUGUGUCAUACGUCAUGAACCCCAGUCUAUGUUGGGCUCUGCGUGGUCGUCUUGUGCCUCGUCCCUAAUGGCACACUGUUCCCUACAUAGUGCACUACAUUUGAAAAGAGCCCAAUGGGACCUGGUCAAAAGUACUGCAACUAAUUGGGACCUAUCCUUAGUGAUGGCUGAAUGUGUUUGAGUAUUUUUAUGUUAAAGGAGCCUUGCUUCAUGUUUUAAGUUCCAUGCCUUGCCCUGUGCUUCCUCCCAGCUCUGUUGCUCUGCUCCUGUCUGCUGCUGCUGCUUUAGGUGUGAUUUAUAUCUAAUGGUUCUGUGACAGAGUGGGGGGGGGGGGGUUCUAGUAGGAACCCUAGUACCGCAGCGUCAGCAGAAACUUCCCAAGAAAACCGCCCAAGAGCCAGGAGUCUUUUCUCUGUGAAAAACAGGCUUUUCCUGUGUAGACUCCAUCUUUCUCAUGAUACAAUAAAUAAUUGGUUUAUUAUCGUUCUCAUUCGUUUAGGUCGGUAUUAGUCCUGUGAAGGAGAUGUAUAGGUCAUUAUUAGAUAUGAUUGGACGGUAUAUGAUUGCUCUAGACCCUCGUCACAAAUCACCCCCACUUUUAGUUUAAGUAGGUUGAAAUGGUUGAUUAUGGCUAAACCCCUGCACUGUAUUUAGACUCCUCUGCAGCAGCAUUAUUGGUGUGGCUCAGUGAUUAGUUUCUGCUGAUCGUGCUGCUUUAACAGGAACAAUGAUGGAGUUUCUAGUUAUGGACUCAGCCAUAGUGAGAGAUAAGACCAGAAAGGAGCACAUAGCUUCUAUAAUGACUGUGCCUCACAGUCCAUUGAGCAUGCUUCACUCUACUGCCUGAAAAACAUGGAGGGAGCAGGGCAGUGUUCGAUACAGUCAUCUGUCAACCAAGCCCAUUCCCCCUUUUAUUUAUGUUUCCUCUUGAAGUCAUUAGACUCCCUGCAUGACACCAUCCCUCCCCCUGUCCUCCCUCCCUCCAAUGGCAUGCCUUUAUCCACGCUCCUUCCCUCCACCCAUACCGCUUAUCGUCCUUCACCAUUCAUGCCUCAUUGUUUUACCCUGCUGAUGUGUGUGUAAUGGAGCACAAGCACUUUCAUGUUCAAGCAGAGAAAGGUGAAGUGCUUGUUCCCUUUGGCAUAUAGGGAAAUGCAUCUCGCAUGCAUAUCCUUUAGCCACAAGGGCUGUUUGCGUCCUUAUUUGUAACUUUUGGGUUAAGAUGGAUAUGGUCAACUUUGUUGCUGGAGACUUAUGUUUUGAAUGCAUUUUAUUUUGGAUCACUAUUUAUGCUUCUGUAUAAAAGAUUUCUGUGUCCCAAAUGGCACCUUAUUCCCUUUGGGCCCAGGUCAAAAUGUACUGCAUCUAUAUAGGGAUUAGGGUGCCAUGUGCAACGCAUCCUACGUAUUCUGGUAUUCCAUCCAUCCUAACUCUUUAAAGCUGUUCUUCUCCUCCACUCGUCAGACAUUCCAGACCAGGUGAUCCGGGUGUUCAAGGCUGACCAGCAGAGCUGUUACAUCAUCAUCAGUAAGGAUACCACGGCGAAGGACGUGGUCAGUCACGUGGUCAACGAGUUUGGCCUGAGCGCGGCCCCGGAGACCUACUCCCUCUGUGAAGUGUCGGUCAGUCCCGAGGGCGUCAUCAAACAACGCAGGCUACCUGACCAGCUCUCCAAGCUGGCUGACCGCAUCCAGCUCAACGGCAGGUAAGACACUGGACUGUGGUCUUAAAUACAGGUCUAGGAUCAGAUUACACCACCCCAAUCCUAUCUUUUAACCUUAAGGGGAAAAUGUGAUAAUAUAAUCUGACCCUGUAUUAGUUGUUUGGUGAAACUUCUUCCCACUUGGUUCCCCUCAGGUCUGACAAUGAGUUAGACUGAAGUGAGACAGGGAGGGACUGCUAAGCCUCCCCUCUCCCUUCCUCCUCCCUUCCUCCCCCCUCCCCUCCUCCUCUUCAUUCCCAGAAAUGCCCUCUCAGAACGCGUCAGUUAAAAUGUCUGCCCUCUCUGCUCCUCUCCCAUCCUCUGGUCUCCCAUCAGACUCAUCCCAACUAAGUUAACAUGAAUAUUUGAUCCUCUGUCACUGUGUGUGUGCCUCUCUCUGCAGACUGACACGCCUGGAAUAAUUCAUACAUACACAGCCAGCCGCAGCGGCAGCACACAUAGCCCUGGUGCCUUAUGGGUAAUAAACGGCCCCUUGGCGCCGGGCAGCGGCCAGAAUAGAGCAGCGCUAAGCUAGACAAUGGAAGCUGAAAGACAUUCUUGUCUAGUAGGCUUGUAGAUAGCCUGUGUAGACAACAGUAUUUAUGCUGCGUUACAUUCAACAUCUGUUGUGUGAUGUAUUAUACAUUUCCCUCUUUCCACUGCCCCUCUCUUUGUCACCCCGCUUAUCCAUGAAAAUAGAGCAGUACAUGCCUGGUCGACCUGUUGGGACUUCUCUAUGCAUUGAGCAACUGACCCUUGAUCUGACAUGGUGGGUGAUACACAAGCUUAGCCAGCAGAAACCCUCCAGUCCUCACUCAGUCCCUCCUGACAAGCCUAUACACCCAUCUAGCCAGGGGAGUCUCCCCAGCCAGCUCCAUCUACAGCCCCUGGCCCAGCGUCAGCCCCAGUGGCCCUCCAGGCAGCCACAGGCAGCUAGAAGCAGCAGCAGGCCUCCUUCCAGGGGGCCAGGCAGCAGAACCCUAACCCCUUCUACUGUACCCAUCACUGAUUCAGAUCCCCAUCCCUGAUGCCUUCAGUUGGCAGGGUCGGCCAGGGCAUUUUAAGUACAAAUCAAAUACGGUAACGGGCGCCCGGAUGUUGCCCCUGAAAAGUGGCACACUGUAAAUGUAUUGCUGGCUGCUGCACUGCAUUCUAGGUUUAGCUGUAGACACAUUUUGGCUCCAUUAAGAAGCGCUAGUCCAAUGUGCUGCUCUUGGAUGCUCUCCCAGAAAAGGGCAUCAGGGAGAAAUGUCUCGCUCUCACCCACCCAUGGGAAAAUGUAUGGCUGUAAUGGAUCACCACUGUCAGGGCAAGAGCCUCUCUCUCCCCCCAACACAUCUUAAUACUGCUGCUGUUUGCUGCUGCCCUGGUGGAGUUCACAUAGUAUACACACAAUACAUACAAUAAUGGUGGCAUGUUUUUUUCAUGUGGUUAUUUAUUUUAUAAUGAUAAUGAUGCAUUUUAUAAUUAAGCAAUAAGACACCUCGGGGGAUUGUGGUAUAUGGCCAAUAUACCACGUCUAAGGGCUGUAUCCAGGCACUCCUCGUUGCGUCGUGCUUAAGAACAGCCCUUAGCCGUGGUAUAUUGGCCAUAUACCACAAACCCCCGAGGUGCCUUAUUGCUAUUAUAAACUGGUUACCAACGUAAUUAGACCAGUAAAUAGUACUUUUUUGUAAUUUUCGUGAUGUAGCACUGCUUUCAGCCAAUCAUCCUUCAGGGCUCGAACCACCCGGUUUAUAAUAACUAAUUUGUCAUAAAAAAAAAAGAUCCUAUUUUUUUUUUUCUAUACAUGGUCUUGAAGUUAUAUCUGCUUUGUAAUCAACACAUUAUUUCCCCAGUAUUAUCCUCAGUAUAAGCCUAACCCCUAUUAUUGCCAUUGGCCCCACCCCCACCCCCACCCCCUUCCUGACCCAAGGUACUACCUGAAGAACAACAUGGAUACGGAGACGUUGUGUUCAGACGAUGACGCCCAGGAGCUGCUGAAGGAGAGUCAUAUCACCCUGCUCCAGCUCAGCACCGUGGAGGUGUGUGUGUGUGUGUGUGUGUGUGUGUGUGUGUGUGUGUGUGUGUGUUUGGUGUAUGAAUGUGUGUGUAUUUGUGUGUUUAACUGAGGGGUUGAAGACCGUACAGCAGAAGACACAUUCCCAUCGCGUAUGCAUUAAUAAGGUCUUCUUCUUGUUCUUCAGGUGGCCGCCCAGCUCUCCAUGAGGGACUUUGAGCUGUUCCGUAACAUCGAGUCCACUGAGUACGUGGACGACCUCUUCAAGCUGCUGGACUCCUCGGGGGGAGUCCAACAGACACGCCUCAAGCAGUUUGAGGAGGUCAUCAACCAGGAGACCUUCUGGGUCGCCACAGAGAUCCUGAGGGAGCCCAACGCCAUGAAGAGGAUGAAGACCAUCAAACACUUCAUUAAGAUCGCUCUGAACUGUAGAGAGUGCAAGAACUUCAACUCCAUGUUCGCCAUCAUCAGGUGGGUUAGUUGUGGGGGGGGUGUAUCCUGGCUUCUGUGUGUGUUUAUCCUGGCUUCUGUGGUGGUUACCAGAUCCCUUCCUCCCAAGACAACACUCCCUGUUCUGUCCUCUAUCUGUUCCCAUUCUAAGAAGUUCAUUGCAUCAGCGUGCCAACAAUCCUAUAUCUGUCCCUACGACUUAUUGCCUGUCAAUUGAGUCCCAAAACAGUUAUUACAUGUAUGGUUUGUUAUGUUGUUAACUCUGCCUUCUAUGGUUUGGCUACAUUGAGCUUCUGUUGUCCGCUGUGCUACUACUUUGACAUAAAUCUUCAGGGAGCUGUAGUGUGUGUGAGGCGGGGGAUGACCUCGGCUCAUUGAGAGCUUCCUGACAAUGGGAGUCUGGUUAGGCUCAUUGUGGUCUCCUCACUCAGCCAUGGAACGGUCUGGCUGCCGGAGCGCGUGCUUGCCUGUGUGUUUGUGUGUGUGCCUGACUCUGCAUGGGUGAGUGUCUAUAUGCAUCUGUGUUGCGUGUGUGUGUUCCCUACUGUCUGCGUCAUCCAAUGUGUAAUGAGGCUCUCACUUCAGGGCAGAGGACAAUGAGGAGGCUCAUUCUAGAGCAGCGCUGCCAGGUCUGUCAGGGGAGGGAGGGAGGGAGGGGAGAGGGAGGGAGGGAGAGGGGGGUACGGGAGGGAGAGGGUUGUAAGGGAGGGGGAGAGGGUGUAAGGGAGGGAGGGGGGAGAUGUGGGUAAGGGGGGGAGAUGGGAGGGAGGGGGGUGAGGGGGAGAUGUGGGUGAGGGGGGAGAUGGGGGAUAAGGGAGGGAGGGGGAGAUGGGGGGUAAGGGAGGGAGGGAGGUGGGAGAUGGGGGGUAAGGGAGGGAGGGGGGUGAGGGGGAGAUGGGGGUAAGGGAGGGAGGGGGGAGAUGGGGGUAAGGGAGGGAGGGAGGCGGGAGAUGGGGGGGUAAGGGAGGGAGGGGGGUGAGGGGGAGAUGGGGGGGGGGGGGGGGUUGGGGGGGUAAGGGAGGGAGGGGGGAGAUGGGGGGGGUAAGGGAGGGAGUGGGAAGAUGGGGAGAAAAGAGGAAACGCCAGUCAUAAUUAGCAGGUCUCUAAAUGAAUCUGCUCUGAGGUCACAAAGCAACAGGACCUCAUUGAGGAAGUGAGAAAACAAACACUGAAGAUGCAUGAAGGUUUUUGGAUUGCUUGUUUUGUUGUGAGCGAAUGAGUGAUAGGCUUGGGCAGUAUACUAAAUAUACCAUAUACCGGGGUAUUUUGAAAUACCGAUUGUAUGAUUUUCAGUACUGUAAAAACAAAAUUAUAUAUAUUAAAAACAAAAUGCCGGGGGCGUGCUACGCCACUACUAAUAACUAACUAUAAGUUAACUGUCUAAGAUGUGCCAAAUCAAUUAUCCCCAGCUCAGGGCUCAAGCUAUGCAUUUGGUUUGCUAACUUUCUAGCUAAGUGGCUAGCUUGCAAGAUCAAGCUUCUUGGUUUCAGCAGAGACUAUCAAUCCACCCCCCUAGAUCAAGAUUCCUGCUGCCUAAAGUUGUUUUGUGCGUAAAGAAAUAAAACGUUUGGAAAGAAAUAGCGCCCCUUGUGUGCACUGCCGGUAAAUAUUUAUUAAACCUUUAUUUUGACAGGGAGUCAAUGCUGAGACCAAGGUCUCUUUUCCAGAUGAGCCCUGUAUAGCACAACAAUACAAUAUACACAUUAAACUACACAUCCAUAUACACAUUAAAAUACACGUUAUUAUACACAACAAUACAAUAAACACAUUAAACUACACAUCCAUAUACACAUUAAAAUACACGUUAUUAUACACAACAAUACAAUAAACACAUUAAACUACACAUCCAUAUACACAUUAAAAUACACGUUAUUAUACACAACAAUACAAUAAACACAUUAAACUACACAUCCAUAUACACAUUAAAAUACACGUUAUUAUACACAACAAUACAAUAAACACAUUAAACUACACAUCCAUAUACACAUUAAAAUACACGUUAUUAUACACAACAAUACACGAAGAGGCACCAAUUCCUUCAAUUUGAAAGUGCAUUGUAGAUCAUUCCACACGUAAGGUGCAAAACAAUUAAAAGCAGAUCUACCCAACUCAGUGGAGAUGGAAAAGAUCUCCAGAGUUGGCCAUCCCUGAGCCCAGGUCCGGUAGCCAUACAUCUAUAGGCUAACAAUAUGGUAAGGUAUGGCAGAAAUGUAUGCAAUAAGGCUUUAUACUCCAGGAUGGUACAGGAACGGCAUUAAGGUAUGAAAAUCUGGAAACCGCCCAACCCUAGUGAGUGAAUAUGUGUGUACGUUCAAGAAAAAGAGUACUCCUCAAUUAUGAUAAGGCGCAUCAUCCCCUAAGUGGUACACAUUGCUUUCAGCUUUCACUUCUGUAUUCCCUGAAGUGUGUCCCUGUACUGUGUGCUGUGUCUGAGUGCUGGCCUGGGCAGUGGAGUGGAGUGGUCAUCUGUCCAGCUAGCCCCACUUCACCACUCCUCUCCCAUUCAGCUCGGAGCGGACUCACCUUUUCCUAGCCUCUGUGUCUGUGGGUGUCUCAAUACUCAUGUGGUUUCCUUUCCUUGCGUCCUCUCCUUCAUCUGCAUUGAUGUGAAAAGACUGAGAGGGUAAGAGGAUGAGGGUGAGGUCUAAUAGUGGGCUGCCUCUCGUUUGUCCACUUCCUUUAGAUAAUUGUGAAUGAAGGAAAGUAGACCAGGGCAGAAAACCACUAGAUAAAGGAAAGGUUACAAGAAUUGGAAGCCACUGAAGGAGAGUUUUGAACCCUAACCAAUCUCUCUAGCGUGUCCUCUCCAGGGUGUACAUCAAGCUGCCUCACGCUCACGCUACAGAAACAGGAGAUGGGUUGUUGCCCAAAGGCCAUUCUAGCUUGGACAAAGCUUACCGACCUUACCAUCUCUCCUCUAUAGAAGUGGUCUGAACCCUAACCGCUGACCUCUCCUCCUUGUCUCCUCCCGUACAGUGGUCUGAACCCUAACCCCUGACCUCUCCUCCUUGUCUCCUCCCAUACAGUGGUCUGAAUCUGGCUCCAAUAGCUCGUCUCAGGUCAUCGUGGGAGAAGCUGCCCAGUAAGUACGACAAGCUGUUCCGCGACCUGCAGGACAUCUUCGACCCGUCCAGGAACAUGGCCAAGUACCGCAACGUCCUGAGCAGCCAGAGCAUGCAGCCGCCCAUUAUCCCCCUGUUCCCCGUCGUCAAGAAGGACCUCACCUUCCUACAUGAAGGUAUGGAUGCCUUUCUCAGUGCCCACCUAAAAUGCAUUCCUCUUGUCCAUUUGUAAACCAUAUCUGAUUAACUUAUUGGUCACGCUUUACUUGGAUAGUCCCAUAAAGAUGAUCUACAGAUGGUCAUACUAUUAACAUACUUUAAUCUGUUGAUAAGCAACUGCUUGCUAAGGUUAGGGUUAGAAUAAGGGUUAGGUUCGGGCUAGGGUAAUACAGGUGAAGAUUAGGGUUAGGAUUAGUAGAAAGUUGGUAGAAAUAUUGUUGACAGUUAUUGAACAUCUACUGAACAUCUAUAAACCAUCUACUUUGGACUAUCCAAAUAGUGUUACCAAUUUAUUUAACCUUUAUUUAUACAUGCUUGUCUGAUUUAAGAUUUUAAUCAAACAAUUUUGCAAGAGCGACCUGUCACAAUGAUUACGGCCAUUGUUUUUGACGGAAACAUCAUGUUGAAUUUUCAUGUUGAGUUCUUAGCUAGAUAAAGUCCAGUGUUUUUAAAUCUAGAAUGUUGCACCUUCCACCAGUAUACUCUUAUUGGUAUAUACUGUACUAGCCUAUAUACAGUCAAUCAUGCCUAUCUCAGGCGCUCAUUAGACAAAUAACUAUUCUUAUGUCCAUUAGCUGCAUUAGCAUUUCACAGACUUGCUGUUUAAGAUGGAAAAAGCUUUCAUACCAUAUUGGGGUUAUUGACAUGUUGUUUCCGGGUGGUUUCCAUAUGGGUCUGGGUUUUCCACUUCCCCUGGCUCAGCUGAAACAGAGGUCACUCUCAAGCUUGCUCAGGUGGUUUCACUUCUGCUUCCCUUUCUGCUUAUACAACCACAGACAUUUCUGUAUUAUGCUAAGUUAAAAAGUCAAAAAAUUGCAUAGUACUAAAACAGAGAACAGAUCAUUUGGUGAUUGGGACGACAGAUGGAAGACUCACCGCACAUUAAUGACAUUUAUUGUAAUUUCCUCAUUAGUGUGUUCAUCAUUAUCUCCUCACAGUGAGAUGUGUUGCACAGGCCAGGGAACCCAUUGUUAUCACAUGGUGUUAGCAGAAGUUUAGAUGAUGCAUGAUAAUGUGAGAAGUAAAUCAAUCACUCCCAUCUAAAGUGAAAAGCUGUGAGAACACAUCAACAGCUCCACGUUAAGUGACACACUCCCUUCUGGUUCAAAAACCAGCACUCGGCUCUUAAAUGCAGCCCAAUUAAACAGUCUGAAAAAAGGAAGAUAUCAUUUGUGUUUGAGAGUUCACCUGUUUAGAGUGGUUACAUAUCUCCAGCCCCAUCCCUCAGAUAUUUACCAAAACAAGUGACGGGGUGACCACUUUGUUGUUUUUCGAAACCCAGAUUGCCCAUUUAAGGAAGUGGAAGAAAAGCUCUCUGACUGUUUUCCCCACAGGUAAUGACUCUAAAGUAGACGGUCUGGUGAACUUUGAGAAGCUGAGGAUGAUCGCCAAGGAGAUCCGUCACGUGGUCCGUAUGACCUCCGCCAACAUGGACCCAGCUCUCAUGUUCCGACAGAGGUGGGUGCUCUCUCCCCUGGCCACAUUUACUGAUCUAGGAUCAGUUUAGCCUUUUAGAUCAUAUUGAAUAAGAUUACAUGGACUUGGGGGACCUGAUCCUAGAUCAGCACUCCUACUCUGAGACGCUUUAUGAGUACGGGCCCCUCUCCCAAUCCUACCCUUAACCAUUAGGGGGAUGAAAUAAUAGCUGAUCCGGUAUCAGUGGUUAGAGGUGUCAUCUGCCUACUCUCCGCCCCCUGUAUUACCCAGUGUGUCCUAAACUCCAGCCUGUCACAGACAGUGCAUGCCUGCCCCCUUCAGGCUACCUCCACACCAAGCAGCACCAGUGUCCCCCUAUACAGUGCAUUCGGAAAGCAUUCAGACCCCUUGACCGUUUCCACAUUUUGUUACGGUACAGCCUUAUUCUAAAAUUGAUUUUUUUUUUUUGAAUCCUCAUCAAUCUACACACAAUACCCCAUAAUGACAAAGCAAAAACAGGUUAAGACAUUUUUGCAAAUGUAUACUUCAAAUCACAUUUACGUAAGUAUUCAGACCCAUUACUCAGUACUUUGUUGAAGCACCUUUGGCAGCGAUUACAGCCUUGAGUCUCCUUGGGAAUGACGCCACAAGCUUGGCACACCUGUAUUUGGGGAGUUUCUCCCAUUCUUCUCUGCAGAUCCUCUCAAGCUCUGUCAGGUUGGAUGGGGAGCGUCGCUGCACAGCAAAUUUCAAGUCUCCAGAGAUGUUUGAUCGGGUUCAAGUCUGGGCUCUGGCUGGGCCACUCAAGGACAUUCAGAGAUGUGUCCCGAAGCCACUCCUGUGUUGUCUUGGCUGUGUGCUUAGGGUCGUUGUCCUGUUGGAAGGUGAACCUUCACCCCAGUCUGAGGUCCUGAGUGCUCUGGAGCAGGUUUUUAUCAAGGAUCUCUCUGUACUUUGCUCCGUUCAUCUUUCCCUCGAUCCUGACUAGUCUCCCAGUCCCUGCCGCUGAAAAACAUCCCCACAGCAUGAUGCUGCCACCACCCUGCUUCACCGUAGGGAUGUUGCCAUGUUUUCUCCAGACGUGACGCUUGGCAUUCAGGCCAAAGAGUUCAGUCUUGGUUUCAUCAGACCAGAGAAUCUUGUUUCUCAUGGUCUGAGUCCUUUAGGUGCCUUUUGGCAAACUCCAAGCGGGCUGUCAUGUGCCUUUUUACUGAGGAGUGGCUUCCGUCUGGGUGCUACCAUAAAGGCCUGAUUGGUGGAGUGCUGCAGAGAUGGUUGUCCUUCUGGAAGGUUCUCCCAUCUCCACAGAGGAACUCUGGAGCUCUGUCAGAAUGACCAUAGGGUUCUUGGUCACCUCCCUGACCAAGGCCCUUCUCCCCCGAUUGCUCAGUUUGGCCGAGCAGCCAGCUCUAGGAAGAGUCUUGGUGGUUCCAAACUUCUUCCAUUUAAGAAUGAUGGAGGCCACUGUGUUCUUUGGGACCUUCAAUGCUGCAGAAAUAUUUUAUGUACGCUUCCCCAGAUCUGUGCCUCAACACAAUCAUGUCUCAGAGCUCAUAAGGUCAAUUCCUUCGACCUCAUGGCUUGGUUUUGCUCUGACAUGCACUGUCAACUGUGGGACCUUAUAUAGACAGGUGUGUGCCUUUCCAAAUCAUGUCCAAUCAAUUGAAUUCACUACAGAUGGACUCCAAUCAAGAUGUAGAAACAUCUCAAGGAUGAUCAAUGGAAACAGGAUGCACCUGAGCUCAAUUUCGAGUCUCAUAGCAAAGGGUCUGAAAACGUAUGUAAAUAAGCUAUAUAAAAAAUAUAUUUUUUAUACAUUUGCUAAACUUUCUAGAAACCUGUUUUCGCUUUGUCAUUAUUGGGUAUUGUGUGUAGAUUGAUGAGGUAAAAAAAAGUAUUUUAUCAAUUUUAGAAUAAGGCUGUAAUGUAACAGCAGUUGAUAUAGGGAAUCUGGAGAGUUCCCGUGUCUGUCCCCAUGCUCUGACCCCAUCUCCUGCUGUGGUCACUGUGCCUCUGUCCUUCCUUGACUGUACUGUCUCUUUAAGCCACGUUGCUUCAAUGUCAUUGGGUCUUGCUUGCAGGAAGAAGAGGUGGAAGAGUUUAGGGUAAGUCCCCUGGUAAUAGUCCAGCCAUCCAGUCACCAUGCACCCCCCACCCCUCCCCACCCCCAGCCAUCCAGUCACCAUGCACCCCCCCCCCCACGUGGCCAGCGCCCUCCCAAACCGCAUGCCCCCUAUAUGUACCAUUCAGUCCCUAACCCUUUCAUUCACAUUGUGUGUGCAUCCUGCCAUUUUUGAUUUUUAUUCAUUUCAUUUUCUAACCCUUUUUGACUGUCUUCAUCAAACAGAAUGUUAUUUAUUUACCCAUGUUUAAGCAUGGUGCAUCAGCGAGAGAAAACCUUGUUGCAUGGUUGUGUUAUAACCUGCUAUGCUCCAAUGCUCUGUAUACAGUCAUCAGCAGAAAAAAAAGCUGGAAAACUGAAUGAUGUUUAGUGACCUGCCCAUCAGUUAUAAAGUGUUCUCUCUGAAUCUCCAGAGUGUAUGCGACAGUGACCGUUUAACAAGAUAGUACUAGUUUUGAUACUGAGAGGCUGCAUGAUGACCAUAACCUGCAGCAUGUCUGUUAGGUGCCUCCACUGGAGUCCUGGAGAACUGACCCGUCUCCCUCCCUCCCUCCCUCUCUUAUUCCCUCCAUUCUUCACUUCAUCCCACCUUCAAUUAUGCCAUCCCUCCCUCCAUUCCUCACUCCAUCCACUUCUCCUCUCCUCCCUCCAACCUCCUUUCUCCCUCCAUCUUUCCAUCCCUGUCUCUCCAGGUCUCUGAGUCAGGGCAGCACCAACUCCAACAUGUUGGACGUGCAGGGCGGGGCCCAUAAGAAGCGUGUGCGUCGCAGCUCGCUGCUCAACGCUAAGAAGCUCUACGAGGACGCUCAGAUGGCCCGUAAGGUCAAGCAGUACCUGUCCAACCUGGCGGUGGAGACUGACGAGGAGAAACACCAGAUCAUGUCUCUACAGUGUGAGCCUGUAUACAGCACCUGUGAGUCUACACCUUAACUACAAUGUUGGUGCCCAAAUGCAACACCGCAUGACACUUAUAAUCACCUAAAAUCACUUAGAAACUCCAAGUGUUACUAGGCUAUGUCACCCCCUUGUAAUCACUGGCUGUGGCAGGAUCGGAUGUUCUCUCAACUCUGAUGCUCCCAGCCUCCCACAGAGCUCUAUUCUCACAGAACUGAAGGUUGUUUUAGUCUCCUACACUUAAAAUGUAAAAUGUUUGAGGGUUUGUCUAAUCUCUCCGCAGUAAUUAUCAAACGCCCACUUUAGUAAUAAUUUCAGGGGAGAGACCUGUGGGACAACAUUUCCUCAAUUCACUUGGAAUAAAGUUGUGUUAUUCACUUGAGCGUUUGACAGGUAUGGGGAUUUUACUUGCCCUACACUGCCACCUAGUGGGCCUCAGAUAUGUCACAGUUGAGAAGAACAUUCUGCAUUGCCAUAUUGAGAGAAGAGGAGUUAUGCCUUGUUGUUUAGAAAUGAAUCAAGUGAUGUAGUAAAAUUAUUGAUAUUCCCACAAAUAAAUGUAUUUCAUACAAUAUACCAAUUUCAUAAAUCUUCCUACAAAUUGGUAAGAUAUAUUUCAAUUUCCUGUCUGUGAGUACCUUGUUAUCUUAGCUUCUUAAUUUUCCUCUCUCUCUGUUUACUAUAUUUACACUCUGAAGUAACUAAUCUCCUGGUCAGGCCAUUUAUAGCGCUGCUGUUUCUGUUAUUACUGUCUUUCUGCACGGGAACAUAAUAAUCUUGCAAUGCCUGGUGCAAGAUUAAUUAUUUCCUGUUUCGAUGACUGCAGUGUCCAAGAACCUGAGCGAGCGACGGUCCACCAAGUCAGACAUUUCUCCUGUGUCGCUGCGCUCGGCGCUGCCCGGGGGGAAGGCCCAGAACCGCGUAUCCCAGGUGCUACAGGUCCAAGUACCCCUAUACCCCCAACGGAGGAAGAGCACCGCCAAGGACAUUCACGCCGCACACAGUGAGUCACUCUUCUAGGGUUGCUAUAAUACCUUAUGCCUUUCACAACAUUCCCAGGUUUUCCAGAAAUCCAGUUUGGAAGAUCCUCAGGAUCAGGAUGGAAUAAGCAGGAAAUCCGGAAUCUUCCAACCAGGAUUUCAGGAAAAGCUGGGAAUUUGUGAAAAGUUACCUGAAUUUUACCUUCAUCCCAGGGCUUUGUGCGGGGUUGGGUUAAAAAGCGGAAGACACAUUUCGAUUGAAUGCAUUCAGUUGUGCAACUGACUAGGUAUCCUUUUUUAUUUAUUUAUUUCAAGUCAUUCUCCACUGCCUAGCAAAUAUGGCUGUGGCGGUUGUGAAGUUUUGUCAGCCAGUGAUUGUCAUGCAAAUAAUUUCCGGUCUCACGGUAAUUGACCAGACAUUAACAUAAACACAUUUAGUAUCUCCUGGCUUCCACGCAUAGCCUACAAGCCACUGAUGCAGACUGUUGGAACAUCUACAUCAAAAUAAAUCCAUUACCGGUAUUUAUUUUAGACAGGUCUAAAGAAACAUAAUAUGAAGAAAAUGAAGCCUAUUUCAGAAGAACAGAAUAACAUAUUCUGAGUCCUUAUGUUCGGUCCUGAUCUGGCAAUGCCAUAUGGCUGUGGGCUACAUUAGUUAAUUUAGAAGACAAGAUUUGCUUAGAAUUCCGUGGCAUUAUUUUAUAGUAUAAAGAAUACAAUUGAACAAAGCUGAAUAAAAUAGAAAGGAUAUUUUCUACAAAUGAUUUCUGAGGGAGUGCGCACAUGCGGCUAUUCUGUGUUGACUGGUUAACAAAGAAACAGGUCCUCCUAUAUGCAUAAUUUAGAGUUAUUUAUGAAACUUAAGUUGUGAUACAAACGUUAGGCUGCGUGAUGCGACUCUAAUGAUGAUUUGAAAAAAGUCACAUGAAAGGCAUGAGCUCUGCUUUGUUUCUUGCGCAGGCUGCACACACUUUAUCAGUCUCUCAUUGACAAUUUGACAAGCACUUGAUUAUAUUCUCAUCCAUCAGACUAUUCUUAAUUUAAUCUGGUUUUUACAUAUAGCCUAUGCGUGAAAUACUUUUUUAUUUAGUAUGGCCCACAAGAAAAACAUCAUCCGUAGCCUGCACUCGAAUAGUGAAUGGAGGUUAGGUGCUGUUACGUUUUUAAUUGCAAGCAUAGGCAGCACAUCCAUAAGGCUAAGGGAAGCUUUUCCUAAAGUAAACUGAAUUAAAUAGCCAAAAUUAUAUAGCUUAAUUAGCCUACUCCGGUCUAUACAUAAAUAAAUAAAAUAAUUCAAAAUAGGCUAUUAAAGCAUGGUUUGACCGCAGAGGAUCAUUAGCUUCUUUUUUUAUUUUUAUGUUUUUUAUUGUUUUAAAUCGCAUUGCCUACAGUUGGAAGGAAAGGCAGCGAGUUCAAUUUGGGCAGAUUAUUGUGACUGUCUGUGAAAAGUAGAGGCCAAGCCAGGCAUAUCACAAUAUUUCAAAAUACAAUCACAGGAAAACAUAGUUUGGAAAGCAAAUGGUUAUUUUAGUUAUCAAAAUUCUCAAUUUAAUUGAGCGGACAACGGUAUAGCCUAUCUUAUUGGCAUCGGCAAUAUCCCCACUGAUUGCGCACUGCGCAUAUUCAUUAUUUAUCAUUGUUGAGUCAGUGCUACUUAAAAGUUAGUGUUUUGACCAUUUCCUGCUUCAGUUUAGAUGGACGUCAUAUUCUAUUUGUGUCUCCCCUUCUCGUAGGCCUAUUAUAUGGACAGCAUUGUUUUUAUUGAUCUGUUUGUCAGUGUCAGCAGAGUAGGCUAACCUGUAAUUUGUCUUAUUUUAUUUUUUAAUGAUUCUGCUAAUGUCUCCAGUCAUAUAAAGUGUAGUAGAAUUGCAUGAAAUGUGUUUAUAAAAGGCCACACUUUUCCCAUGCAAAGAAAGAAGAAACGUAUCUGAUAUAGCCUAGGCCUACUCUAUGCUAUACGCUCUCAGCCAUGGAUUGAACUGACUUUUUUUGCGAACAGUGUUUGAGUUAUAUUAUUAGACUUAAUUAUGACUAUCCAAUCUACUCAUCAUAUUACGAAUAGUAGGCUAUCUUACAUAAGUCUGCAAAUGCCAUGAUGCAUGGAAUGCUUUAUUAUAAAAGUGCAUUUUAUGGUGAAAAUUAGCUAGCUUCCCCAAACUUGAAACUUUCGUGCCACCUAUGAAUGCCAGCUAGGCUAGCCCGGUUGUAAAGGGGAUUCAUGUGCUUAAUUUUAAGAAUAGAGCAUUAAAUAUAGCAGCACGAGAAAGCUGGGAUCCUCUUUUAAAUAGUGGCCAGUCAAAACUCUAUUUUCACACGCGACUGCGCAAUGACUGGGCUUAUAAGAACACGUUUCACUUGUCUCUGUAGGCUAUGUGCUCUCUAACCGUGUUCCAGGAGUCCUACGCCCAUAGGCUACGUUUGGAGUUACUUGUCCACUUUAGUUGUGAUACAAACCUUAUCAAAACAUAUAGGCUUAUAGGCUACAUGAGGUGUGCGACUAUGAUUAGAAAAAGUAGAGUGAAAAAGGGGCAUUGUUUCUUGACUUACUGCACAUUCUGGGCAUCAUUCACAAGUGAUAAUAUAUCAUUCACAAGUGAUAAUAUUGUCACCCAUCAGACUAUUCUUGAUUUAAUCUUGGCUUUACAUAUACUAAAUAAUAUUUGGGUGAAAUUUGUUUUGAUUUAGAAUGGACCAUUAUCAUGCACCUGUCUCGGAACAGGGGCAGGGGACAUGUCAUCUAUGCACUUAAAUAGCGAAUGGAGGAUGCUUUUCCCGUGGUUCAUUUUCAUGCCAGCCAGGUAGGCUAUACACCUGUUGUAUAGCGAAGCAAUGUGCUUAAUAUUAGGAAAGUUGAGAAAUAAAUAUAGUAGGCCUAGCCUAUAGAAAGCUGAUGGGAUCCUCCUGUUUUUAAUAGAGGCCAUCAAAACUCAGUUUUUUCACGCAAUUGCAUAGCCUAUAGAAAUGUUGCCCAGCAUGAGCUCAUAGCCUCUCAUGAAGUGUUUGAUUUGAUUUUCAAUUGCAUUUGCAUUGAUGUCAGAGUGAUUAGAGGGACAAUAGAUCGCGGAGUACCAGGCCAUUAGCGACUGGCAGUUAGCGAGUUAGGUAGGCUACUAACGACUGUCAGCAGCAUCAGAGCGCAGUUUUGGAGAAGCCUAGUUACCGUGAUAAACGGUUACAUGGAAUUUGACUGCUGUCAUGACUUGUGACCGCAGGUGAGGCGGUAAUACAGUCACUGUAACUAGCAAAUGAAUUGUUAGUUACAGUAUACUGACAAUAUAUUGGUUCCUAGAAAUAGCACCAGAAGAUAUGGGAUACAAUUCAAGGACAAUCGAGUUCGACUACAGUAUUUCUUUGUCAAUGUAAACAUGUUGCAUAUUAGUGAGUUUAUUUAUAGUGAGUCAAUGUUAAAUAUGAGAUUGUGAUGUCUUGUGGGUGAUCUUGGGGCGGCAGGUAGCUUAGUGGGUAAGAGCGUUGUGCCAGUAACCAAAAAGGUCGCUGGUUCUAAUCCCCGAGCCGACUAGGUGAAAAAUCUGUCGAUGUGCCCUUAAGCAAGGCACUUAACCCUAAUUGCUCAUGUAAGUCGCUCUGGAUAAGAGCGUCUGCUAAAAAUGACUAAAAAAAUCUUUUUUUUGUUAACCUUUAUUUAUCCAGGAAGUCCCAUUGAGGUCAGAAGACCUCUUUUACAAGGGAGACGUGGCCAAAUUGAUAAUAUUCUGUAGUAAAAUAAUGGUGCUACUCCCGCUGUAUGGUUCACUUUCCACGCAGUGUAUGUCCCUGUCUGUCCCAGACUCCAACAGUGUAUAUCUCUGUCUCUCUCCCCUUCCCAGACUCCAGCUCUCCCCAGGUGAUAAAGAAGCCUCCCAGCUCCCAGCUCAGCCAAUCAGAGGACAGUCCCUGGAGUGGGAAGAGGUCUGCUGAAGACACCGUGUCUAUCGUGUCCUCCCUGCACUCCAGCCCCACCAUCUCGCCACAGGGCUCCCCGCGCAAAGGUCUACAUCCUGGUUACUGCAUAUUACAUUACCUACCGCUUAAAACAUUACCAUCCUGGCUACCAAGGUUGGGGUCAAUUCCAUUUCAAUUUCAGUCAAUCCAGGAAGUACACUGAUUCCAAUUCUCUUCAGUGAUUUUCAAUUAGGAACAUUUGGAGUUUGGUUUACUUGCUGAAUUGACUAGAAUUUAAAUAGCAUUGACCCCAGCCCUGCUGGCUACUGCACAUUACAUUACAACUUACAUUAUUACCUACAUCCUGGGUACUUCACAUUACUGCAACGCUUUCAUCCUGGCUACUGCACAUUACCUCUCACAUCAGCAUCUACUCAAAUCCAUUCAUUCAUCUCACAACUAAACAGAACCCAUCUCAUACCCAUACCUCAAGGUUUGUACCUCACAGAACGCACCCUCUGUAUCAGCACCUCAAAACCAACAUCCCUCACACCCACAAUACAUACACAUACAUACACAUGGGGCGGCGCACAAUUGGCCCAGCGUCGUCCAGGGUAGGGGAGGGAAUGGCCGGCAGGGAUGUAGCUCAGUUGGUAGAGCAUGGCGUUUGCAACGCCAGGGUUGUGGGUUCGAUUCCCACGGGGGGGCCAGUAUGAUUAAAACAUAUAUAUAUAUAUAUAAUAAUGUAUGCACUCACUGACUGUAAGUCGCUCUGGAUAAGAGCGUCUGCUAAAUUACUAAAAAUGUAAAUGUAAAAUACACUGCCCAUACACUCAAGCGUCUUGCUGAAGUCAUUUCCCCUCAUCUCACCUAUCCAUACUUUAAGUUAGUGUAAUCUUAACCAUCAAGCUCCUCAAUCAUUCUCCCUGUCUCUCCUGUUUGUCUACAGUGGGUGGCGUGGCCAAGCCCCAGCAUAACGCCAACAGCCAGAUGAACAUGUCUGGCUCGUCGUCCUCUCUGACCAGCGAGGCCAGCACCAAGGCAGGCACGGCAGGCACCCGCAGCUACGGCAUAGGUGGGGCUCUCCUCCACAAGAGGUUCCUGCAGAUGACCAGGCAGCACAGCAGAGACAGGGAAGAGGACAGGGACAGAGAGAUGGAGGUGGAGGUGGAGGUGGAGACAGAGCAGGCAGUGCUAUGGAGAUGGAGCUCCCCAGGCCCCCAGGCAGGUGCAGCGUUCAGCCCCAGGUCAGGGAGGAUGAGCCCUCUCAGGGCUCCACUCCACUCCGGGCUCCAUGGAGACCCAGGAGCAGGGGCCGCAAAGGCCACCAGGCGAGGGACGCCCGCUCCCCAGACAGAGACCCAAAAAGGGCCAGAGCCAGCGGUUGUAACCCCACCUAGGCCCAAACCUCCAGAUUCUCCCUUGAGGAAGAGGUUGAGGGAGCUUUCCCCAUUCAGGAUGCUGAGGGAGAGGGGUCAGUCUAGGGAGAAGUUGGCUGCAUUGGUGGUAGUUAGGCCACCAGUGGAGGAUCAGGGGCAGACAGGGUCCUCUGAGGCCCAGGAGGGUAGCCCAGGACAGGGGCGGACUGAGCAGGCUAAAGGUCAGGCAAGGAGGUCAGCCAGCUCCAGCAGGGCCUUUGCUUGGCUCUGCAAAGUCAAACACAAGAGGAGAAAAACUAUCUGACAGACAGACUGAGAAAGUACUACAAUACUCCCUGUGAAGAAUAAUGAACACAAGUUGGCUUAGAGGACGAGACAAUCUGAUAGACUGAGAAAGUACAUUGUGUGAAGUGAACUGAGGAAAUAUUCUGAGUUUUCAGCAGGUCAUUGAAAGAUAUUUUAGUGAAUGUGUUGAUGUACUGUAUCGUACAUGUUGGUUAUGGUUCAGUUCAAGUUGAUCUACAACAAUGUGACAACCUAUGCAUCAUAAAAAAAAUAUGCAGUACGAUCUUCAGGUUUAAUAAUUUGUUACUUCAAAAUUUACCAAAAUUCACUAUUACAAUAUUGAAUAACCGAUUCUUAGCUGCUGGACUGUAUUUAUUACAUUCACAAGAUAAAAAAGUAUUAGGGUAAGUAUGUUGUGUUAGACUUCACAGGUCAACAGCAAUGUUAUAAUAAAGGAGCAUCCAUUUUCUACUGUUUUAAUGUUGAUUAUUUGUUUUUUACAGAUGUUAUUAAUGGAGAGGAGUGAAACACUGGAAAUGUAUGAGAUGUUGUAAACGUUUCUCUCUCUUUUUUACAGGAUUUAAUAAAACAAUUUCAUAAAACUAGCCUGGAUCAGUGUUGGACAUGCUGCUGGCCUGCCUAUGUAGUUAGCCUGUAGUUAAGUUUAGCGUGUCCGAUCUAGGUUGUUACAGGCUGUGUGUGGAUGAACACUACUCCAGGCUGAUCAUCUCCUCCUCCCUCCCCCAGGCUAUGCCCUGAUGCCUGCAGGGAAAUCAGACAACCUGUCCGACUCGAGCCAUAGUGAGAUCUCGUCCCGCUCCAGCAUCGUCAGUAACUGCUCUGUGGACUCCAUGCCUGCUGGCCCUGUAGAGGAGCGCCAAGGCAUCAAGACCAGGGAUACCACCGAGACCCCAGGCACCACCACGCAGCUCACACACACCAACUCUGACUGCAGCCAGCCCAGCACCAGGUAAUACACAUAGUAUUAGACUCACUCACACACACAAACGUUUUGUUCUUCUAUCCUCAUGGGGACCUAAAAUGUAUUUCUAUUCAAAAUAUUUUUUUCCCCUAACCUUAAACCUAACCUGUAACCCUAAACCUAACUCCUAACAACUAACCCCUUUCCCUAACCCUAAUUGUAACCUAACCCUAAACCUAACCCCUAAGCUUAAAAUAGCUUUGUCCUCAUUGGGAUGUGGGAAAUGUCCCCACGAGGGAGAAUUUUCCUUGUUUUACUAUCCUUGUGGGGACUUUUGGGGAUUUUAGGUCCCCACAAGGAUAAAAGAACCAACACACGCACUCACUCACUCUCUCUCUCACACACACACACACACACAAAUAAUAGUCCUCCUCAAAGGAGUUCCAAUAAGGGUUUCCAAUAAUGUCCUUGUUCAAACACUGUGAACAGGAACUCAUAAAGGGUCCACUGUUUAUCAGCGUUACAUGUUUACUCUCUGUCCCAUAUUAACUGUGUUGCUCAUUUUAUGUGGACAGUUUUUAAUUCCAACAAGUAAACAACCGCCUAUUGUCCCUCCAUGAUGAGGCCUCCCUGACAUAAAUACAAUAAAUAAAUAAUUUACUUCUUGAUCACACUCUCCUUUUGUGUAAUAUUUUAUUACCUGGGAACCUGCUGCGGCAUUGGAGUCGGUUCAUUAAAUAUAUUUUAUUUCAACUCCUGGUACACUUCGUAAUAAACAUUUCAGUGAAUGAAACAGUGUCUGGUUAAUGAAAGAAAGGAGAGGAGCAUAACUUUACUCUAUGGUGGGUACAGUGAUAAAUCCUAGAGACACUUUGGGCGAGGGAGGAGCCAACAGGACGUAUUAAACAGGAAUCGUUCACCUUGUUGCUUUGUCCUCCAAGGUGAGAGGAAAUUAACUCUUGUUUACUUUUUGAUUGUCUCUUUCUCUGUUUCACUGUUUCCUUCUCUCUCCUGGUCAGUUGAUGCUCCUUCUCUGUUUCACUGUUUCCUUCUCUCUCCUGGUCAGUUGAUGCUCCUUCUCUGUUUCACUGUUUCCUUCUCUCUCCUGGUCAGUUGAUGCUCCUUCUCUGUUUUAACUGUUUCCUUCUCUCUCCUGGUCAGUUGAUGGUUCUUCUGUUUCAUAGUGUUUCAUUCUCUCUCCUGGUCAGUUGAUGGUUCUUCUCUGUUUCAUAGUGUUUCCUUCUCUCUCCUGGUCAGUUGAUGGUUCUUCUCUGUUUCAUAGUGUUUCCUUCUCUCUCCUCCUGGUCAGUUCGUUGGCGCGGGGCCAGGUGAUGCGGGGUUCCACCUUCACCUCCUCCACCUCCACAGAGGAGCUGACCCCCGACCACAUCUCCCUGGACAGUGUGGCUGACAGUGGGCGGGGCAGCUGGACCUCCUGCUCCUCCAACUCCCACGACAGCUUCCAGAGCCUGCCUGUCCCCCUGCUGGGCCUGGGGCUAGGGCGACCCCCCGCCUGGGACCACCUAAUGCCUGGGGGCUUCCGCCACACCCAGCUGGCAGGGCCUAUAGUGGAGGUGGAGGCUGGGCCGGCCUUGGCGGGGGUAGCAGGAGGACCGGGGGCGGGGUCCGGGGGAGGAGAGGAUGCCAAGAGGCUCUCCAGAGACAGUUCAGAGCUAAACCAAUCACGGCAGAGCUGGGCCUCAUCCUCCUCGCUGUCGGACACCUACGAGGGGAACUACGGCACCAUCAAACGCCGCACUGCCGAAGGCGUCUCCGCCGCCCAUGGGGAGGGCCCCGACUCACCCCAAAGCACAGAUCCCGUCUACAAAAUGGUCACUUCAAGCACAGAGAAAGGCCUCAUAGGUGAGGGUCUUCUGUGUGUCUCUCCUAUCAGCUCUACUGUGGUGUUGUGCUAGAGUGUAACUGUGAACCCAACUUGUGACGUGCUAUGUGUAGAUGGGUGUGGUGUGUGUGUGGAGGAAUGACAAAAGCAGAUAAUUUUGUUUUUAUAAAACUUCCUAUGGCUUUGGAUGCACUUGCUGUGCCUGGCCACCAGUCUCAAAUCCAGCUGUGGCACAAAAGGCUUCUGUUUUUUCACUAAUGCUGCGUGAGACUGUCAUUGGAAGUGCAGUACAGUGGGGUCCCCUGCUUGUGCUUCUGCUACAUGCACAGCUGUACUAUUACUCGCUCACAUACUUAAUUCUUCAGCUGGUCCACUUAUCUAACCUGUCAAUCAGGCUUUUCCUGUUUCAUUCAUCUUCUGGUAAUGCAGCAGAGACUGUGUUUUGGUAAUGGAGCAGAGCAUAGAACAGAGAUAAUGGAUGGGUCCCAAAUCACACCCUAUUCCCUAUAUAGUGCACUACUUUUGACCAGGGUUCCCUAUAUAGUGCACUACUUUUGACCAGGGUUCCCUAUAUAGUGCACUACUUUUGACCAGGGUUCCCUAUAUAGUGCACUACUUUUGACCAGGGUUCCCUAUAUAGUGCACUACUUUUAACCAGAGCCCACUUGGGACGAAGCCUGGAUGGACAGAAGGAUUAAAAAGAGGAGUGCAGUAUUGUCUCACCCGCCACGCCUGAGUAUCUCUUUAUUUGAGUGGUUUAGCAGCUACAUGGUGGUGGUGAAACAUCUCAUUGAUUUAUUUUCUCCAUUUUUGUUUCUUUUCUCCCUCUUUCCCUCCCUCCCCCACACCUCCCCCAUUCAUCCUCCUUCACACCCCCUCCUGUCUCCUCCCCCAUUCCCGGCGGCCAGUGUACUGUGUAACCUCCCCCACCAAGGACGAUAGGUACAGGGGGCCUCCCCCGACCCCUCCGGGAUACCAGGGCCUCACCCUGGUCGAUGGACAGGAUGGAGCUCCCCCCCGGCCUCCCAACUUGAAGCCGCCUGACUAUAGCGUGGCCCUGCAGAGGUCUAAGCUGCUACAGAGCCCCGGAGGCCUGGUGGAGGCCCGGAGACUGGGGGUGAACCACCACCACGAGUCCCAGGGCCAGUCCAGGCCAGCCAGCGUCUGCCUUCAGGGCUUAGGGGAUAGUGAGGAUGGUACGUGGAGAAAGAAAGAGACCAGCCCCAGCCAAGGUUAA